AGUUUUUAAGGGUUAAUGCAGUUUUACAUUCCAAACAAACCUACUCAGCUCAACCAACAAGUGAGGGCGCCAAUAUCAAUAAAAUGUCUCUGUCGCUCAUGAAUGCAUAGAAUGAUCUCGACAUAUUUUACUCUUUAGGGGCUCAAGUUGUCGCGUUACAGGCAGCAUUAGUUCCGCUCUAAAGCUAGCUCGUUAGCAUAGCCUUUGAAGUUCUGCUUAUCGUUGCUUAGCGACCAGUGUACAGCAGCGGCAGUGGUAGCAGCGCCAAAGAGGUUGCUAGCAACGAGGAUACAGUUUGCUAGUCAUAGAAAGACAGACGGGUGAACAUCACUGGUUAUCAGAGGAACCGAACGACGACGAACGGUGUUAACUCGUGAUAUCCAUCCUGAAAUAAGGCUGGUUAAACGUGAACGAUUUCACUGUAUUGCAAGUUGCUAAGUUUGGUUAUUGCUAACUUCUCCGAGUAAUCAGCAGUAAACGUGCCAUCCAAAUGUUACCAAAAUGAUUAACUAUAUUUAUUUUUUGGAGGUAGAGGGAAGCCUCAUAAAGUUUUCUAACUUUAGUUAACGCUUACUUCAAAACCACAGAAGCCUUGCAGCAUAAAUUCACCUCUGAAACUGCAGUUUUCUCCACUUCAGCUGUUUAAGGUAAGUUUCCAACUUUUAUCUGUCCUCUCGACUGUUUCAAUGUACAUAUGUUAAUCUUUCUCAGUUUUACUACUUAUUCAAAAGAUGGUGCAUAGAUUAUCAAGGCAUGGUUUUAAAUCCCCCAUUAGCUCAGGAAUGACGUAUUCUACAUUUAUCAUCUCCUAAAAGUCUGAAUGAAUAAAGACCUCCACUGUGGCUUUGCUUGAUUCAAACUGUUAAAACCUAAAGAUUUUGAAACGCUAAAAUGUUUCUGGAUCAGUCUGCCCCCUCUUUGGUUCUUCAUCAAGGCAGGUGUAAAGAGUAGGCUAUCUGUCUACUAUCUUGUUUUGAGUUUAGAGGACCCCCAUAGAGAUCCAGUGUUAGGCUAGUGUGGUUAUUAAUAUUUCAUGGCCUCAUUACAGACUCAUAACAUGACUUGAACAAAAAACAAGGGAGAUGACAUUACACCAGGCUGGCAUCACAAUGUGCUCUCACUGGCAGUUAGCUUGGCCGGCUGGCUACAGGGAUAAGGCAUUGUGUCAUAGAUGCUAUGAAUGAAAAUGAGUCUUUGAGGUGCUGGUAGAUAUGGUCCAAGUCUUUCUUUUUUGCUUCAUCAGAUAAGUUGAUUUUGGGCAAUAUGUUGGUAUAAUAUUGGGUACAUUCACAGAUCAUAUGGGUACACCUUAUACUGAUCUUAGAUUUUACCAGUGAAGCUUUAUCCACUUGUUCUGUUUCAAUAAGAUGAUUAGCUAUUUAAGGCCCUUCACAUCUUUCUUCAGUAGGGGUUGUAGGAUAAUAGCUUAAAUUCUGAAUUGGUUCACUAGGAACCUAGGAAUUGAUGGAGUGGAUACCGCCACUCCUUUAAAAUAUCCAUUAAUUCAAACAGCACCAAACAAAACAUUCUCAGUUUGUGUUGUUAAAUUAAAUAGUUAAAUAAAUAUUUUGAAAUUUUUGUUAUAGUGAGACUACAAAAGAGUAACAACUGAAAACAAAUACGAAAAUAAAUUUGUAGUAUUAGCUUGAAAAAAGUGGGGAUGGGGCAUGUUUACCAUCGUAUCACCUCUUCUUUUACCAGCACUCUUAAACUGUAUUGGAACUGAGAAGAACAGUUUCUGGAGGUUUGAAAGUUAAAUGUUGGCCCAUUGAUACCUUGUAGCUGCUGAACAGCUUGGGGUUUACUUUAUUGCUUUUUGUUGCACCAAAUAUUUUCAGUGGGUGACAAGUCAAGACUUAAGGUAGACCAGUUUAGCACCCAGACUCAUCCAUGCUGUUGUAAUAGACCUACAUGCAGAAUGCAGUUUGACAUUAGCUUGCUCAAGUGUGUGAGGUCCUCAGAAGUUAAGUGUUGUCUGGUAGCAUAUGUUUCUCCAAAAGCAGUAUAUAUUGUUUAGCAUAAACAGUGUCUUUUCAGAUGUGUAAGCAAACCAUUGCAUGGGUACCUAUGCAUCCCCAUAUCGUCACGUCUACCGGCUUCUGAACAGUGUGUUGAUAACAAGUUGGGUGGCUUUGCUUCUCUUUAGACUGGAGGAUGCAGGAUACACAAUUUCUAAAAGGAUGUCAAAUUUUGGAAAGGCAACAGGCAAAGUCACUGGCUGGAAUAUCAACACAAGGGCACAAGACUAUCCAGCAAAGAAGGAAGAGAAGACUUAUUUUAAAUAGUGUGGAUAACAAGAUACAGGUGAAACACAUCAGGGUUGUAAGGAGAGCUAGAAGCACAGGAAAGCAGGAAGUCAAUUGACAUGAAACGAGAGACUAGUAAAUGUCAAAAUAAAACAGAAAACACAGUAUAAGAAAUGUGAGGGACUGAACUAGAACAACUUAACCAAUCUAGAGCAUUUCAAUAUUGCUCUGUUGUUUUAUUCCAUUAAUCCUAAAAUGUGAUGUGAUCAGGUGCUUUUGCUGAACGCUCCCUCAUUAGGCAAGAGACAUUUCUUUACAAAGCACUAUUCAUACAUGGAACAAUUUUAAGUGCUUUACAGAGUUAAAAAAAACACAACAUUAAUAACAUUUACAGCAUUUUAUGAAAUAUGGCAUACAACAAAUAUAAGAAAUCUGUCUGAAUAAGCACCAAAAAGAAAAAAAAGUAUGAAGUGAAACAAAUAAUAGACUGUCAGGCUAAAACUUUUAUCCCCUGCAGGCUGAGGAGAUGUGAGAUUAAUUGAUUUAAGGUUGUUAACCAGCUUUUGGGUUGUAAAAUUGUAUCUAUCGUAUCUAUUACACGUAGUAUAAUACCAAGGUGGUUUAUCUAAAAAGGAAAAGUAUGAACAAAACAAAUUGAUGGCAUUCAAAGUUAAAUAUUUAAUUUAAGUUUUAUCAGGUUUGCCAUGGUGCUAUUGAAAUUUUUUGCCUCUAAUUCAAAGUUUUAGACAAGUUUUAGAACUAAUUAGAUUAGUUAAAACGUUAUUUAUCCUUCUGGGAAGGUUCCUUGAGGAAAUAAAAAUAUUGUAUUUAUAAAUUGUAUGCAGAAACUGCUUAAGAGAUUAGUCAACAGGAAUUAAGAUUCUCUGUCAAAAAAAAAACAAAGCAUGGUAGAUGUCAGAAGUCAAAUUUAAGCAUCAGAAACAUGAAUAAAAGACAUUAUACACCAAGCAACUCAAUGUCCACUUUUUGACUAUGUCUUAUCAUCAUCAUUAUUUUAUGUGUUGAUUAAUCUAAUUAAUUCUGUAUUUAAAUGGCAUGAUGUAACACUCACAAAGCCCUCAUACUAGAGUUGACUAAAGAACCUAUAAAAUGAAGUAUGUUUAGUAUCUAGAAGUCUGUAGUAAUAUAACAAAAACAACUUAAAAGAUACAUUUUAAAUAAUAUAUUGAAAAAUUAUAAUGAAACACAAUUCAAACAAUUUCACAAAAAUACGAAGAGUCCCUCGGACUUUUUCCAGUCCCCUGCUCUUUUCCUGAGUCCUUUAUUUUAGAACAUGGAUCUGCUGAAACUAGCAAUAGGAUGAUCUCCACACAUUGGGAUAGUUUGCCAUCACAUUCAAUCUUCUGAAUAGCCUUUUGCAAGUCCACACAAAACCUGAUCUAUAAAAGAUCACAUCAAUUAGUCAAUCGGUCAUAAAAUAAAUCAGGAAACUUCUUAGGUCAACCUAUCUGAUGCAUAUCUAUCAGUUUGCAACGUAUUAUUCUCUUAACCAAACCUCAUGGUCAAACACAAACAUUUUGGGUUUGGAUCAAUUAAAUUAACAUUUCUCAUUAAAGAGAACAUAUAACAAAAUAAAUCAAAUCCACAGUUACACAAUAACAAAAUUUAACAUCAGUAUUUUUUCCCACAGAAACACAUUACAUUGCACUGCAUUUUUUGCGGUACACAAAACACACACACAACGUCAUCUAACAUUAUCCAGUCAUCUGAUUAUACUGUAAAGUAGGGCUUGGCGAUAAAACGAUAACAAUAUAUAUCGAAAAUUAAUUUCCUUAAAUAUCAAUAUAAAACAUGGUCAAUAUGCCUCUCAGUAGUCUGCAUUCUGCCAUGUUUUGGUAGACUAUACGAAUAGCCAGUGAAAAGGGGAGUUGCUCCAGGUCCGCUUCGCGCUCAACCAAUCGUGCUGAAUUAGAACCAAGUAGCAACAACUGUGUAGUAGCAGGCUGCAGCUACACACAACCAUAGCACUUUAACAGGUAAAACCGACAGCACUGUUGGUGAGAGAAAAAGAAUAUGAGUGCUACUCCCGGCAGAAAUGCAGGUGAAGGCUCAAUACAUGAUGAAAUCGUUGACAGUACUGUCAUGAAAACAUCAGUGGUGUGGAGGUAUUUUGUUUUUUUGAGGUCGGAUAUGACCUCAAUGUGCACUACAAAUUGUGUCAAGUACAUGUUCUCACAAAGUCAGGGAAUACCUCAGAUCUUUUUCACCACCUGAAGCAGUGCCAUGCAACAGAGCAUGCACAAUGCAAAAGGUUACAAACCCCGAGCGGAGCAAGGAGCCCAUGGCGCCUGUGCAGCCCAAACAGCUGAUCAUUCAGUCCGCUUUCUCCAGCACAACGCCUUAUGACAAAACGUCAAAGGGACACAAAGACCUCACAGAUGCAGUAGCUUAUUGUAUUGCAAAAGACAUGCUACCUAUAAGCACUGUUAAAUUUCAUUUUUUAGAUCGUGAUAUACAUCGAUAUCGACUGAUAUGAAAAAAAAAUGUUGUGAUAAACUUUUUCCCAAAGCGCCCAGCCCUGCAGUAAAAUAAACCCACCACUCAGGAGAAUAGGUGAUCCAGAGUGUUCUGCCUAAAAAAGGAUCUUUGUGUCUUGAACUUUGUAUCCACUCUGGCUGUGUUCCACUUGCCAAGUUUUCCAGCCUGUUGCUCAUGGGCCUCGCUUUGACUUUCAUUAGGGAAGUCAAGCACCAAGGAUUUCCAAGGAUUUUUUUUUUUUCUCUUUUUGAUUUUUUUUUAUACUUGUCUUUAAUACUGUUCUUCGAUUGCACUGCUCUUUCUUUGUUUAACCGUAGUUCUUUAUCUUAUUUAUUUGUUUUUUGCACCCAUUAUGAAUGUGUUGUGUGUACCACUGCUGUUAACAACCUAAUUUCCCCACUGAGGGAUGAAUAAAGGAAAAUCUAAUCUAAUCUAAUUCUACUUCAGAUUAGUAAAUUUAUCCAAAUAUUUGAAAAACAGUUAUCUGGAGUUCUGUUGGAAACAAAAAAGCUAGUUAGGCAAGUCAGCAGUGCUGUCUUUAACAUUUAAUUUCACUUAAGGGAAAAAAGUUGGAAUGAGAUCAAUGUACUUUACCAUCAUUGUGUGGGAGACAAUUUAUAUGUUUCAAACCUGCUUGUGUAGGUCCAGGUCUGAUUGACAGCUUAAGUGAUGCUUUCCAGUAUGUCUUAGGCGUUUGUAGGGAACCCCCUUUUUUGUACAGCUCAUAUUUGAGGUAUUAAUUAGUCUGUCAGUGGACUUGGUAUAAGGUGAAGCCAUAAACAUUCAUGGAAAUCACCUCAAAAUUCCCUGAACUCUGAAUGAAAACAACUUAUGACAGUUUUGAUUUAUGUACAAGGAGCACAUUUGAAAUAGUCUGAAGUUGUUCUGUUAUUUGACAAGUUGGACCUCUGUUUAUUUUCUUUUUGGCAGUUUCCGUAGUCACGUUGUCAUGAGGGGAUUAAGCACACCUUGACUUUGAAAAAAGGAAAUCAGAAUGAAACCAAAAACAGCAGCAGCACUCAUGAUAGUAUCUGGUGCCAGUUUGCCAUGCUGGCCUGAUAUGGUGUGUGUAUGCUGUAAAAACAAUCAACAUUGUGGGUGUUUUGUCCCACCCACAAGGCAAAACCUGGCGCUCGACAGCAGCCACUGAAGUGGACAAAGUUCUCACAUGCAAAAAUCCUUGGCAACACACAUGCUUAAUACAUGUACAUGUACAUGUUAACUGUAAAUUCACAGUGUGAAGUGUGGAUUUUGCACAUGCAUUUUUCACACAUCCCUCACUGCUCUUUCUGUCACCUCUGCUGACCCCUCUUUCACCCCAUUGUCCGAUCCAUCUCCUCUUCCUCUUUUAUUCCCUCAUCAUUUCACCUCCCUCAUCUCCACCCUCUUCAUCCUUCUACCUUUAUCUCUCCCUAUUCUGCUUCUCCACUUGUCCCUGCAGAGUGCACCUGGGUGACCCUGUUACGUUGGCAGCUCUGAGGCAGAUAGGCGGCACAUUCACCGACCUCAUCAUUGCCCUCUUAUCUGCCUUGCUAGACCAAAUAGCCCUCACAGUGUACCAGCAGACACAUUGAGAUAGCAGGCUGCAUUCACACGAGCUCGCACACCCACAUACAUAAACAACAAUCACAAACACAGCAUACAGUGACAUCAUCGCCUCUGCUAUCACCCAUCAUAUUCAACUUGUGUAUCCCUGUGCCAUUGCCAUGUUUACUUUGUGGCAUAUCUUUGCCUGCGUGCUGUCAAGUUCAUGUCUUAGAUUAGUUGAUGGAGACGAAGAUGGGAUGGGGAAGAUUUUUGAUACCUGUUUUCUACUAGUGAGGGCCUGUUCCUUCAGUUGAUAGGACUUGCAGUAACCAUAACAAAACACUGGGGGUCAGUAUAAGGCUAUAGUUUGUUCAAUUUGCCUGUUACUUCAUGCAGCAUUUUGGAGACUGGUGUUGACGGAUCAGCUGUGAAGACUCUCUGGAAACACUUGUUGAUACAGCUGUUACCUUUUUUUUUUUUUUCUCAUCCAUCAAAAGAUUUUUGGGACUAUUAUUAUUAUUAUUUUAAUUACGAAUUCCCAUAUGUAAAAAUUUGGUAAUUAUGUGAAUCGCAGUGAAUUUACACAGUUUUGCUCUACAUUUUGUAUGUAAUAAAGUUAAAUGUAGUUCAAAACCAGAUUGGCGUGCAGACAGGCUUAACCACUGCUCUACUCUGGUUCAUAUGGCCUUAUGCACCUUUUGCCUUACAUAAAAGAACAGUUUAGGGCUUUGACCAACACUUUUCACUGCUGAGAAGUUGUUUGGCUCAUUGUCAAAAAGAAAGAACACUAGCCAGCUUUUUCUAAAAUCAAGAAUUGUAUUCUUUUUUUCCACACAUAUCUUACAAAUAUGCUAUUUAUAAAGAAAUCAGAAGUAUACAUUUUGAGGAACCUGAAUUCAGAGAAAUAAAACAAAAAUAUUUCAGGAACCAAAAUAAGAUACCUAUGACGUUUAUGUUUCUUUGACAAGUUCCCAUAUUUAUAGUAUAUUGUUAAGUAUUUCUCAGUAAAAUUCUUCUUUUUUUGCAAUUACAUUAACAUUGCACAAGAACAACAUUUAGAAAUUAGCUAAGUUGUGUGUUGCAUUAGUUUGUAGAAAUCUUAACACAGGGUUAUGAACUCAGCAUCAAAAGAAGCAUCAUAAUCCUCUCUGAUGAUUUUGUGGCUGUAAAAGUCAUAAAAUAGUUUAAACAAGCAAGCAAUGAAACGGCAUUUAAAACAAUUUCAUAUGUAGGAAAAACUGAGCAUUAAGAUGGAAAGUAUGAAAAAAAAGCAUACUUAUAUCAAAAAUCACAAAUGGAAGCAUCAUCCCUCACCUUAAAGCUUUAUUUCCUCCUUUGGAAGGUUUUUGGGUGCUUCACUUAAAAGCAGCCCAGGUAGGGAAAGCUAACAAGAACAUGUGUUCAUUUAGCUUUUAAAUAGUUUCUUUUUUCUUUUUUGAUCUUUGAGCGAUGGAGAGAUUUUGAGUGUUCUUACUUACCAAAAGAACCUGAUAUCCUAAUAUGCCAUGUGAAAACAGAUCUCUCAAACCUUGUACCCAUAGCUGACCUUCUGCUUUAUGUUUUUUUCUCAACAAGAUAGUUAAAUAAUGUCAGUCAGCAAACAGUCUGAUGUUAAUAUGUCACAGUUGCUGCUACUCAUGCCAUUUGAAAUUCUGGAUACUACAUUUAUUGAUUCAUACUUUUCAAGACCUUUUUGGUUUUACAUACAGCAGUACACGUCUUCUGAAUGAGCCUUCAGAGAUUUUAUGAAUUGUUUUCUCCAGAAAUCAUCGGACGUAUUUGAGCUGUUGUUGUGUGUCGCUUUGGCUCGUUUGUAAGACAAGGCCUGAAGGCGUACAAAUGUUUCCACUCUGCCUUGAUGUACCUUCUACCUUUGAGAGUUUCCCUCUCUCUUAUUGUCAGUGAUUGAAACCUGAGAAGGACUUUGUUUCCAGCCAAGCCUUUGCUGGCUGUGGGAAAAAACCAACAACCUAGCCCUCAAUCAUAGAGAACAGAGACCUCUGCAAGCACACCAACUAACUUCUUGGCACUGAAGCCGAACUGUUCAAUUAAAUCUUUUAAUAUACACACAUAUCCCACCACCCUCUAAGGUCUGUUUCCUUUCUAUGCGAGUCCCAACCACGCUCUGCCAGUCUCUCACUCUCUCUUCCUCCCUGAGGUGUUUGCAUAAGGAAAUGGUCCGUGAAAUUUGUUUGAUGGAAUCAAACUCCAUAUUAAGACAAAUACACAUUUCAUAGCAGUUGAUGGACUGAUUGAUGGGGCUGCGUCUUCAUUUCCUCCGGCGUCACUGCCAAAGAUCUGUAUCAGAAAACAGUAAUAUGAAGGAUCAUGGCUCAGCUUGUUUUAGGGAGGAGAGGAGCGGAGAGGAGUUGUUAUCUUGUUGUGUUCUGACUUUGAAUGGUUCUUGGCGUGAGUGUCGUUUUGCAAAAAUAUGACUGUUUUGUGUGCUCAUUCAGUGGCUGUUUGUCUUGGAAACAGACACAGGGGGGCACCAAACUGCCACAUGUUGAUGUCCUAACUGAAAGCUCACUCCUAAGGCCUUGUAAUAUUGACAGAGACCACAAUGCUUUUUAAAAACUCACUGAAGGAUGACCAAAAAUGCAUCUGUGACACGGCUUCUGGAUACACGGCCAGUUGUUGUGGCAGCAAAUGCACAUUAGAGAGGACGGAAGGUGUUUUUUUUUUUUUCCCCAAAUCAAUGCAACUGUUGUUUUUGCAUAACAAGGCCGGCUGACUAACCCUCCCUGACCCGCUCCACCUUGCCUGCUUGCACCACCUUUCAUUAACAUAAAAACCCAAAUCCCUCCAACUGGACCAGUGAUGGCAACUCACUGCAGACGCUGGCGGUCACACCCCUCUGCACAGCCAUAAUGGGCCGCUACACACAUGGGGGGGGCGACGACUAACAGCAUUCCUGGUCCCUCCAAGAGGCCGGUUGCCUGCAGGUUACCAGCAGCAGCAUCACUCGUCCCUGUUUGUCUGCACUCACUAAAAGGAAAGAAUGUUUUCCCCCACAUCAUGGCAGGGUAGGGAUUAAGGCCCAUUCUGAGUGGCCCGGGGUCGUGCAGCAGAUGUCAGCCAGGAUAGUGCUCGUUGCCGUGCCGACAGUGAGCCGGCGGGAUCGGCCGGCCCAGACGACUUUAAGCCCACGAACAUGUAUGAGGGAGAUGGUGGGGAGUGAGCCAGUGAAGAGGCUGUCACUCAUUAAAAAGAACAGCGGUGGGAAAUUUGUCACAGUGGGUACACUCUAAUUCAUCCACACUUUUUGUCAUCAUCAUCACACAUGCGCUCACAAAGACAAAGAGAGCUUCACAGCCCUGGUCUAAUUUUGGUUCGUGUUGAAUGUUUUCACGUGAUGAGAUUGUGACUGUAGCAGUUCAGGUCCCAGUGCGUUAUUGUCUGCCUCCAUUUUUUUCAAACAUAAUUUUCUAACAUUUCCGAUUGGCCUGGUUUCAGCACGUGUUUCAAAACACAUGCUGGUUUUUAAAUCAACAGUCGCAUAUCAUCUGUCAAGAUCACUUCCCCUGUGUGAGCAACGACUUUGACCCUCCUGGAUGAUGUUUUAAUGUGAGAGGUUUUUACUGCUAAGCUCUCAAGUGCUUGUCAAACAGAGCCUCUAAUGAAGAUGAUUGAAUGCACAGACUGCAUUAUGAUUGAGAGAUAAAUCAUUGUCAGUAGAGCACAAGUCUUGAGGGAUACUGUUUAUGUACAGGUGCAUUUCAACAGAUUAGACGAUCAUUAAAAAGGUAGCCUGCAUUUUUAGAAUAACCUAUACCAAUACACGUGAAUAAAAUAUGACAAAGCCAUUUUAGGUUUAAAUUUUAAUUACUGGGACUCAUGAAAAUCAGAAAUAUAGUAUCUCAAAUUGUUAGCUCAAUCAAAACAGGGAUUUAGAUUACAGAAGUGUUGGACUACAGAAAAGAAAAUCAAACGCUUCUUGGACAAGGCUUAAUAUAUGGAUGUAAAGUUCUUAUUUUUUAUUUUUUUAAGUUGGACAAAAAAGUUAAUUCAUCACACUCUGGAGAGAUUGUAUCUAGAUUUUGCAUAUCGUCACUUUCUCUGAGCUGUCCUUGGACUUUCAGUUUGAAAAAUGACUAUGAAGAAUGAAUAAUUUUUAAUUCUAAUUUACUGAGCUUGUUCUUCUCUCGAAAAUGAAAUGGGUAUGGAAUAUCAAUAAUUAGUUGUAGAAGAGAUCACCAGAAAAGGAACAUUGAACUUGGAGAGCAUUGAUGGAUUAUUGAUGGCAGGGUUCAUACAGGUGAACUGUGAUGGAUGAGGAAAUACACAAAGACACAUUAGUUUGGUCAGGUAGAAUGUUUAAAAAGUCUAUCCAGUGAUUCUUCCAAGUGGCUGUUUUACUAUUUUUUCAUUGUCAACGGUCAUCUGUUACUAUUGGCCUAAACUGAAUAUUAGACCUGGGAUACAGUUGAACGUUUGAUGUGAAAGACGAGACUUUUGCUCUAUGCCAGACAGGUCUGACCGUAGGGUGAGUGUGUUUAACAUGGGGCCCAGUGGAGGCUCCUGAGGUACUCGAGACAUUACUGUUUGGUACAAUGGAAAGAGGAGACAAGGUCUGACAAGACAUGACUUGACCUGGCUGUCAAGGCAGAGCUCUGCUAUUGUUCUGACUAAACAGCCAAAAUCAGUGUUGUAGAACUACGCCUUCUUCUGUGUGCAUGUGUGGUUGUGUGGAUUGAUGUGGGUGUCAUGGGGUGCAAGCUGUGUCAUUUUGAGUUCCACAGUGACUGUACUCUCUAAGGAAGAGAAUUUGUCCAGAAACGGGAUGUUUUCAUGCAUGGCUGGGUGUUUGGGCUUUUUGACAGAUGGAGAAAAGCUAGAUGUGUGUGUGUGUGUGUGUGUGUGUGUGUGUGUGUGUGUGUGUGUGUGUGUGUGUGUGUGUGUGUGUGUGUGUGUGUGUGUGUGUGCAACAGUUGCAUUGUCUUAUUUCUGUGCUUCCAUUCUGCUGAUUUCAAACCUCAAUAGCAGCUUGACUGACCCCUUACUGCGAGCAAGAAAAAAAAAGGUUUCACUCUAACAGGGUAAUUGACAAACUAGCUUUUAGCACUGAAGCUACUUUUGUUUGACAGCGUGUUCAUUGCCUCAAAAGGUAUGUUAAUCAAAAUCAUUCAUCACUUAACAGGACAGACAAUAUUAUCUUUGCCAUUUACAACGCAGAUAUUUAGUUUAUGCACAUGAUAUCCCCAUUGUAUUGCAAGGACAUGGAUGUUAAUUGCAGUGCUUUACAAAGUGUGUAUAUUAACUGGGCAAAAUAUGGAAACUUCUUUUACUUAGAUUACACGCGAAAGAGCUGCUAUUUCUCUGAAGUGUUACAAAGGGCCUCUGCAUACUGUGUCAGAGUGUGAUUAGCAGUGAAUGGCAUUGGAUGAUCUGAAAAGUUGACAUGUGCCAAAAUUUCAAAGAUAACAUAAUGACAUAAAGAUGACAUAAAAAUAAUGCUUUAUGUCAUUAUGGUUGGUUUCUAUAAUGCUGGUUUUCAAGCUUCAAGUUUUUAAAUUUUUCAAGAAUUUUCACUAGCUAGGUCCUUUCUGCACAAGCUUUUGUCCCACCAGUACAAUAUGUCUGCACCAAUAGAUGAUAUCUGGCUUUACUUCUCAUUAUAGAUGAAUUUUCUGCAUGUCCAGUUAACACAAUUUCAUUUUGAUUGAUCUGGCAGUCUACAAAUCACAACCAGAAGUAAGAAAUUAAAAUUAUCAUAUCUGCUGAAAGUAAAUCAAAAGGAAUGCUUUACUGUCAUUAUGUAGUAUAAGAGUUGACUGGCAUAAAGCUUUUUUAAAGGUGCAAUAUUUGCUCUUAAAAAGUUUGUGUUGUGAAAUUGUAAAUUUGUAAGUUAAUUACUUCACUUAAUUCUAUUUUUUGUUUUUAUUGUUUUUUAUCAAAUUCCAAAAGAAAUAAAGCAACUUCUCUAAAUUUGUGUCUUCAAUAACCUGUAGACUAUAGUAAUUAAAACCUGAAACCAAAGUUUAGCAACUUCAGCAGAAUUUUCUUCUUUUUUUUUCUGAUUAAGUGACCUGAAAUACAAAUAUAGAAAACAAGAUUAAAAAAUAAACCCUUGCUCCCUUUAUUCAGACUACAGGGCUGAAUAUUGAUAGACAAUUGCCAGGUAAAGGAAAGAGGAGUAGGGAGUAGGCACUUAUUUCUACUUCUAGGCAGGACUGUCCUACAGCAGAGAAGAAGUUAAGAGAUAUGACACUGGUCCAUUUCUAAGGUCACAGCAAAGAGAACAAACUUCUCGGUCCAAGUGCCAUCGACAUCCGACCACUCUGUGCCAUGACAACCUGUCAGAGAGGGAGGGAAAGAGAGUAGCACUGCCUGCUGAGAGGUGUCCAAGAUGUCAUGGCCUGGUCUGAAAGGUGAUAGACAGCGUGUGUGUGAGUGUGUGACGGGGAAAUAAGACUGCUGAGAAGUAUAGGGGGCGUUUAGUGUGACCUUUCGUUUUGCAAGGGUCCAUCUCCCUCUGUGCAUCUGACAACAACUUUAAAGGUCCUCGUCUUCCUGAGCUGCUGACAGGUCUGUCUGUGGCUAUGUGUGUUUGUGUAGUUUCAAGUGCAUAUAUUGUGUAUUGCAAUUGUGGGGGGCUUAAACCGAGCUGUUUGUACACACAAGACACUGAUGCAGGGGCACAAUUUAACCUUGCUGCAUUCCUGUUGAUCAAACACACAGGUAAAGAGUGGUCUAAUUAAAACAAUAAAUGUAACAUAUGAACUUAACCAGUCGUACCAAUUUAUCAACUCCUUCUCUGAAGGUGGAAGUGCCAGGCCACUGUGAGGAUACUUACAAGCCCCCAGCUGAGUGCUUCAGUGUUAGAGUUCUCACCAGGGAGGGAAAGAGUUGCCUCUUUUCAACUUCAAGCCGUGAAAGGUGUUGCUUGUGCAUACAUAACCUUUUAGAAGUCUCUGGGUGGGGUUCUUGAAGAGGUUCCGACUGGAGACUCCAUUGCUCUACUGAGGUACUUCACCACCUAUGUGGGAAAAGAUAGAGACACCUGGAGAUAGGCAGGAGAAAGGGCCUGUCCAUUCUAUCUGAUCUUCAACAGUGCUUUGUUAUUGGACUUCUUUGUUGGUCAUAGAUUGGCCAUGACAAACACCUUGUUCAAGCAUAAGGUGGUUCAUAAGUGUGCACGGUACCAAGCCACCCUUGGCUGAAGGUUGAUGAUAGCCUCUGUUAUGGACAUUCAGGUGAAGAGAGGAGCAGAGCUGCCAACUGAUCACCAACUGGUGGUGUGUUAGAUAAGAUGGUGAGAUAGACUGCUGGAUAGACCUGGCAAACUCAAACAUGUUGUCUUGGCGAACUUGGUAGAAGCCCAAUUACAUGAGGUCUUCAACUUCCACCUCCUGAAGGAUUUCUCACACAUUAUGGGGGAGGCUGGGAACAUGGGAUCUGAAUGGGCCAUGCUCGAAGCCUCUAUUGCAGAGGGAGCUGCCAGAGGUUGUGGCUUAAAGGCUUUGGGUGCCCGUCAUGGUGGUAACCCUAGAACCUAGUGGUAGAAACCAGCGGUUAAGGAAGCUGUCAAGCCAAAAAAGGAGGCCUUUCAGGCUUGGCUGGCCCAGAGGUCUCAGGAAGCAGCUGACAGGUACUGGGUAGCUAGAAGAGCAGCUGCUUUCAUGGUAGUAGAAGCAAAAUCCUAGGUGUGGGAGAAGUUUGGGAGUUUAUGGAGAAGGAAUAUUGGCUGGCCCGGAGGAAGUUCUGCCAAACCACCAGGUGACUCAAGAUGGGAAAGAAGGGCUUUGCUCAGGCUUUUACCAACAGGGAUGGAGAACUGCUGACCUGGAAUUGGGAUAUUGUAGAAGGAACACGUUGAGGAUCUCCUGAAUCUAACAAACACAUCUGAGGAGGUGGAAGCAGAGUCUGAAAACCCAUCUAUAUCCUUGGCGAACGCCACCAAGGUAGUCAAAAAUCUCCUAAGUCGAAAGGCGUCUGGUGUUUAUGGGGUUUACCCCAAGAUGCUUUAGGCCCUGGACCUUGUAAGGGUUGGCUCACCUCAUCAGUGCCACAUGGAGGUCUGGGAUAGUGCCUGUGGAAUGGCAGACCGGAUGGUGGUUCCCAUUUCUAAAAAAAGGGACCUAGGUGUGUGUGCAAAUUACUGUAUACAGGAUACAACAUACAGGAACAAUGCAGUUUUCCCCCUGGUAGUGGUUAAGUGGACCAAGUCUUAACCCUUUCAAGGCUUCUAUUGGGGGCAUGGGAGUUUGCCAGUGCAGUCUAUGUGUAGACAGGGAGGUGCUUAUGUGGGGCACUACAAGAAUACAGGGUGCCAGGGUGUUACUGCAAGCUUUACAGUGUCUGUGUGACCAAAGUGUGAGCUGUGUCCAAAUACUUGGUACAAAGUCAGGUACGUUCUCAUUGCAUGUUAGUCUUGGUCAGGGUUGUAUUUGUCAUUAAUCCUUUUUGUGAUUUUGAUGGAUAGGAACUCAAGGUGCAGCAGAGGGAGGAUGCUCUGCAGUUUGGGAGCCUCUGGAUUCUCUGCCCUUAUGAAAAUGAUGGUUUUGUGGGCUUCUUCAGGCUUGGACCUCCAGCAGGCAUUUGGGCAAUUUACAGCCAAAUGCAAAGCAGCUGGGAUGAGAAUCUGCACCUCUAAACCAAGGCCAUGAUGCUGUGCCGGAAAAUGGUGGAUGGCUGUCUAUGGUUGGGGAAUGAGUCUCUGCCCCAAGUGAAGAAGCAUUUGAGGAACGCUGGUUUGGCCUUACAGAGACUAUUGGUCCUCUGCACUGCAGUCGAUGUUUUGACUAAUGACCCAUUGUUGUAUGUCAACUCACUGCAUUUCCUGUCUCUACAGCUAUCUUAAAUAAAAAAGGUGAAAAAGUCUUUAAGAAAAAAAGAAAGUGAGCUCUAAGCUAGAGCAUAUAAGAAGAACUUUUAGAAGAAAUACCCUUCAAUUAGUUCAUAUUUCAGAAUGUGUUUUACAUCAUAAAUGUGUUUGGCAUUCAUUGAGUUCUAGUAUUUAUCAGAAUGGACUCAUGUUGUUGUUUGUAUUGAAUGUGUCAGCACACAAAUAAGCAUAUGUAAUUUUGUGUUUAUUUGUGAGUCCAUGGUGUUCACAGCUUUUACGUGUGUUUGUGGUCAAGAGGUGAGGGGCAAACAACAGGGCACCAAACAGCUUUAAAGGAAGAAAAUCCAGCAACAAAAACAAAACCCCAGUCAGUGUGACACGCGUCACCUUUGCUGUGACAGGAGUCAGACACCGGAGAGGCACACAGUCUCUUUGAAGUCAGGCAGCAAUUGUGCCGCUGAUUUGGGAGCAUAGUCUUUCUUGCCCUUGGGCAUUGCUACGGAGCAGAUGAACUCUACUUUUUGUAAAACACUUGCCAGGAUUACUCCUAUUAGCUAAGCAGGAGUGAAAGAAAACCACCACUGGUUCAAAAGAACCUGUUACGAAUGUGAGAUUUGAAGGAUAUUAAAACCUUUGAAUUGUAUGGUUAAGACAGCAGUUUUCCUCUUCCAUGUGGUGAACUAAAGGGAAAUUGAAAAUAAGAUUUACAUCUGAGCGUGUCUUUGUCUGCCCCACUUGUCUUGGUCAGUCCUGCGGUUAUAUUUGUUUUUUUACGCCCUGCAUUCAUCUCCCUCUUCCUUCCUUUGAUGCACAUCCACACACACGUACGUAGACAUGCUGAUGCAGCAAAAUUUUAAUCUGGACUAUUUUGCACGGCAGCUGGUAUACUAAUUUUAAACCUUCUCCGAAAUACAUCACAAAAAAUUAGUCUUUGUUUGUUUUAACAGUUAGACGUGAGCCUGAUAAUGCACACAUGUGAAAAUUACAUUUGACAUUUUUCAUUCUUACUCUUUGACGGUCCAUAAGAGCCCCUGGCUCGCACAAAGGAUUACCUUUGGACAACACAAUAGAAGUCAUAGGAUGAAUUAAUUACUGUUUAUUAUUCACCUUUCGAAACUGACUCAGCUGUCAACAUUUAUUUGAUCAACUAAGUCUUUUUUUCCCAGAAGAACUGCAAAAUAUUUAUUUGAUCCCUGGAUUGGUUGUAUUUUGUUGUUUAGAUGGUUAAUAAAUAAAGCAAUGAUUUUGAGGAAGGCCCAUUAAAUCAAGAUGUGUGAUCGGUCUCAUCUUUCACAAUCUUUUACAAUAACAUAAACAAUAAAUGAUUGAAUGAAAUAAUGUAUCAUAAAAACUUACAUUAAAACUAUUUAGGUGGUAGCACUCUGAUCUAUAGGUAGGCCCUAAUAACUAGUUCUUUGUAUAGCAGAUGUCGUAGUUUUAGUUUCUAUCCACAGUGUUCCUCUAACUUCUUUUCCCAACAUUAUUUUUCUAUGUAGUGUUUUUAAUUUAGUUGCGAGAUGUUUGAUUAUGUAGGAGAAUGUCUCUCUUGCUUUAUCUUCCCUAACCCCCUGAACUUUUCAACUCCUCACCUCCACAUGCCCCCCAAACCAGGAAUGUAACUUCAGGUGAUCUGCAUACAUGCACAAUUGCACAUACAGGUACAAACAUGCACAAACACUUUCUGAGAGACAAACAUACCCACAAACAUCACUCAAUGAAAAGACUUGCCCAGCAGUCAUGUCACUCAUCUUCAUUUUCCUGCUGAUUGACAUGUCCUGUUUAAAUGCACACAUGCACACACACACAAACACACACACAUAUAGAGUGACUGUAUCCAUCACCUCUCUUGAAUAGUAUUACCUUUACCUCAUUUUGUUCUGCCUGUCCAUCACCUCUUUUUCUCUUUCUGCCUACAGCUGAAUGGGCUCUUGUGGGGCUCUGUUAAAUGCAUGUGUGUGAAUGUGUGCGCACGCAGGUGUGUGUGUAUGUGUGUGUGAAAUGUUUCCAGCUUGCUGGCUGGCGCCGCUUUGCCCACCCUGCACCCUCUUCAACCAGACUCUAUGUCAUGUAAUGGGACAGUUGAAUGUACACGUCCCUGUGGUUGUGUGUGUGACAGAGAGAAAGUGUGUGAGUGCAUGUGUGUAAGUGAAUACUCUGCCGGUAGUCCUCGCAGCACUUUCAUUCUGAAGUCUGGAGAAAAUAGUUUUCAGUUCUUCCUUUCUUUUUUGUCUCCACAGCAGGUCGAGUUCUGUAAUGCCUUUGGUCCUCGACAAAACCACUGAAGUAAAAUGAGGAGGAGAGUGAGGAAGAGAGUGACAGGCUGUGAGGGAGAGGGGUGGAAAAGGAAAGGACUGGACUAGAACUUCUAGACAUGGUUAGCUGCUCCUAGAGGCUAUACAGUCAAAUACACCCCACAGGAAACCCCAACAAACCAAAAAGUAGCAGAUAAUAAUAAAUAAUAACGCAUCAGAUUUUACAGCACUUUAUCAGAGACCCUCAAAGUGCUUUACAUUGGAUACAUCAUUCAUUUGCUCACACAGUCACACCCUGGUGGUGGAAAAUACCUUAGUAGUCACAGCUGCCCUGGGGCAGACUGACAGAAACGUGUCUGCUAGUUUGCACCUACGCCCUUUCCGACCACCACCACACAAUACUCACAAUCACACACCAGUGGAGGAGCAAGGUGGGUUAAGUGUCUUGCUCAAGGACACAACAGACAGACUAGGGACAGGUCGGAGAUCAUCCUUCCAGUUAUUGGACAACUGCUCUACCUCCCUGCUCAAAAAAAUAAAAAUAACUUGUUUCAAUAUUUUCCCUAUACUCUGUCUCUUUUGCAGCCAAGGUAUUUUAUUUCCCCUGCAAAACAGUGAAAUAUAAUACUAAUAAUAGUGCUAAUAAUGCUGGUAUUUAGCCAAAAGCCUGCUGGAUUAAAUACAUUUCAGUUUGUGUUUGGGGCAUGUUGUGUGACGUAAGCAUAAAUAUGCCUGAGUUGACAAAAAAGUUGCUCUUAUUGGUUAAAUUUGUGAACCCUUGUUUUUAACUUGUUGGAGGAUCAUUGACAGUAUAUACAUUUCAAGGAUAUCAAUCAGUGUACAGAGCCUGUACAUUUGGUUGGAAGCCUAUGGACGAGCAGAAGAUUAAUUUAAUUCACUUUUAUCAUAUUUUUUCUGAUCCUUGGGUUGUGUAAUCUGUAAUUACUCACCUUACACACAAACUUUGGCAUGGGUAUAUGGCAUAUUUGGCAAGAUUUUUAGGCUAUGUCACAAUGAACAACAUAUAUUGUAAUGAAAAUGUCCUCUAAAUCACUGUGUUAAAUUCCACCCUGGCUACAUAAAAUGACACCAGUUUGAUCACUGAAGUUUUAUUUUUUUUAUUGACAUUAAAAUAGGGGGAAAAAAAUCCCUCGAAGUUAAGUUCUGCAAAGUUUUUACUUGGAAUCAGGCAGAAGUGAUUGUAAGCUUUUAUCUGAAAUAAUAUGAAUAAAUAAUGGCAUAGAAGUCCUUCAUGUUGUGGCCUGCUCUCAAAGACCCUCAACAGAAAGAGUGGUCGAAGCAAUAAAUAUUCCUAUUCAUGCAGUCCACUGAAGGCGAAUGGGGCUCAGCAUUAAUUUGUAUCUGAAGGGGAAAAAGUGAUGAUGAAAAAUGUGAAAGCUAGUACUAAAAGCUGGUCACAUAGAUUCUGAUCAAAAACCACAUGUUAAUGCAAAGUAUGAGCUGCCUCUCUGAGCACUCAUAAACUUGCAUGACAAAUUUCCUUUGCUCUCUUUGUGCCCUUGGUGUAAUAAAUUCUAAUGUAUCUAACAUAAAACAAGCCUGCAGUAUUUUCUGUUUACUGGAUAUAUCGAACACCCUUAACACAGACAUCCAUUUAAUCUGUCAUCCCAGUUGUCACAGCCCUCCUAUGGUGAACAUUAGCCCCCCUUUCAGGGCUCUGACUCUUUGUUUUAUCCAUUUUGCACUCAUCAUUAUCUGACUCUUUCUCUUGCUGCAUAUUUUUUCAGAUUUGCUUCACCUUGCUUUACUCUGAUAUGACACUGAAAGCUUGAGGACUUCUCCCUCAAGAAUAUACUGACGAUAAGGGCUUGUUGGAGCCAGUGUGCAUGGUUUCAUAUGAAUGUUAAUGUGUGCAUGUGUACAUUUCCUGAGGUAUCACAAGGUUAAAAGAUAGGAGUGUAUGCAGCGUACUGUAUAUGUCUUUCCCUGCAUACCUUCAUGCCUAUGUGCAGAGUGAAUUCACAUAUCAGGAGCUGGAGAGAUUGGAAAGUGUGCGAUGUAGGGCUGACUUGAGUGCUUAAGUGUGUUUACUGAAUACAUGAGUGUAUGUAUUCAUGUAGUCAGUAGCUGAGUUGUGGUAGGAACUCCAAGGCAGCUCAGAUUGGAAAAUAUACACUCAUACACACACAAUUAUAAACUCUCCCUCAGUGGCUGUACUUUCAAGUUGAAAUUUGUAUGUUCUUCAUGUCUCCUGAGUUUCUCUCUUAGAGCCAAAACAAGACCAGACAGUAGCACAGAGAGAGAGCACGCCUGCUUAAGAUAAAGGUUGUGGGGAAAGAGUCAGAAAAUUUUUAAACUGUGUCCUUUUGAGAGUGAAGAGACAAGAAAGACUGGAAUACAAACUACAAGGAAAAACAAGAAAAUCAGGCACACUGAAUUCUGCUCUUUGAGAGAAAUGAGACAAAGAAUGAGAAGAGCAAAAUUGUCAGAAGGAGAGUGAAAGCUUGAAGACAGGGUCAGAAAGUUUAAUGCAUUUCUAAUAGGAGGUACCUGAGAAAAACAUGGGAGACAAGAAGAGGGAAAAAAGAUAAAAGGCAAGGGACAAGUAAGCGGGGGGAUGAUAAGUGAAGGUACAAGUGGAAAAAAGAGAGGAAGUGGACAGAAAAACUGACAGAGUUAAACAGAACCUGGUAAGGGGAGCAUAGUUGUGUGUGUGGGUGUGUGAGUGUAUUGAGGGUGGGGGGAUGAGACAAGGCUGUGAUGGCCUUAUGUCAGUCACUCUGUGGCAGCACUUUUACCCUGUAAUUUACCACAUCACUCAUCUCACAUUGAUGGGACCAAUGCACCUACUGACAACACUACCUCUGGCGUGUGUGUGUGUGUGAGAGAGAGAAAACGUGUAUACCUGUGAAAAAAGAUUCUUAGAGUGUCAAACAAAAUGUCUGUGAGUCUGCAUUCAUUUAAGGCUUGUCUUUCUUAUGUUUAGAGCCCUAUAUCAGAACCAAGGCCCUGGCAGUUCCUAGGGUUGUCGUCAAAACUUGAUCUUUUUUUUAUUUUGUCAUCACAUUGGCUGAAACAAAACAACUGUGAGUAAUAAAAAAAUAGAUUAACUACUGGCCUCUUACAUUAUGACUGAAGCUGCUUUCUAAAAUGAUGGGGUUUUUUAUACAUUUGUCAAAAUUGUCAGCAUUGUCCUUGACAGACUUGUUAGAGCCCGAUAUGUAAGAAUGACCUGAAAUGUAACAAUGACCUGAAAUGUUAUAAAAAUAAAUGUUAUCAAGCCUGGAAUGCAAUCAUUUGUCAAUAAUAUAACAAAGUGUUGAGCCCGAAUGGAAUAAAAACAAAUGUAAUAAAACCUAAAACGUAACAAAAUGGUAAAUUUUGGGCACAAAGUUAUUAUGCUUUGAGCUCAGCGUCCUUUUACAUUAUCGACCAGUUAUUACAUUUUGCAUUUUAUUAAAAAUUUUUAUUACAAUUGAUGUUUUUUUACAUUUUUUAUUACAUUUCGGGUCAUUGUUACAUAACAGGCUCUAACAAGCCUUCUUCUAACCAUUUCUUUAUCCUACUGUAAAUAGGAUGUGGACACAUUGUUGUGUGGUUAAUGAGAGUAGACAAACAAUGGAUUCUAUAAUGCAUUUUGCUUCCCAUAUGUAUGUUAGAGAAUCCCAGUGCAUUUUAUCAGUCUAGUGACUUGAAAACAAUAACAUCCUCUUAAAUGCACUAAUGUCCCAACUGGCCAUAAAGAGAGAAGCACUCAAAAGUCACACCGGGUCUUGAAGGUAUAUGUUCCAUCCAGUAGGGUCUUUUCUGCAAGGUCAUCCCACAUAAACAAGUAAAUGUCAAAUAACCCAAAUAUGAUAAUCAAAGUCACACAACACCCUGAACACCUCAUAAAGUGCAACCCAGAACUGAAGCUAUAUUUAUUCUUGGCAUAAAGAAUUAAUGGGAGUCUGAUCCUGACAUCCCAGACAUACUAUAGUAUAGCUUUGUGUUUCACUCAUAAAUGAUGCCCUUUCAACACUAAAUGGUACCCUUGACGUGCACUGAUGAUAGUCUUUUAUUUGCUAUGCAGAGAAAUGGGUUACCCCCAAAUGUCAGCAAUCUUCUAAGGUGUCAAAAACUUGGAAAAACUCAGCUGCAGUAAUGGCGGCUUGCUGACUUCCAGGAGCUGGUCAUAGUUCUACAUAUUGUAUAUUGUGUAGGUCAUCUUCUUGUCGGAUAAGGACCAAAAUGGUCCUGAAGGUUUGCUGUGGGCAUAGAUUCCUAAAAAAAUCACUUUGAAUACUUAAUAGAAACAAAACUUAGAGAAAUGUUCAGCCUUGCCAGAGGUUUGCACUUGGAGUGCGCCUUUGACUGUUAUUUGUCAGAUGGUGCAUUGUAUGUUAGAAAGGUCAGGACAUGUCAGUCGUCCACAAGAGACAGGAUGUGGAAACGGCAGCUAAGAAAGGGCAUCAAUAAGAAUCAAACCAAAUACAAUAUUUGAGUAGUACAGUCAUUAAGUAUUCAUGAAUACACUCAGAGCAUGUGUACAAUCAUAGCUUUGUGUAAACUUGCCUGUCAACUUAAAUAAAUGUCUGUUUGGGUUGUGGCUAUGAGAACAUGAAAGUGUUAGAGACAGACAGGACUACAAACCGGAAACAUAGAAAGGCUCUCAUUGUUUCUGUCUUUUACUUUGAGUCACAAAUCAAUAUUUACUCAAAGGUCUGUCUUUCACUGUCCUUCGAACUCUGGUACAUACACAAGCCUGCAUAACCAGGCACACUCACACAAAGGCACUUUCUUUUUGCUCCUGUUCCUCUUUGCACACACACACACACACACACACAUACCUCACACACAGUAACCACCUGGGGGGGAGUAAAAGAAGAGCAGAGAGAGAGAUGCAGAGAGCAGACAAGGUCGUAGUUCCUGUGGAUUGUCUUUGAAAGAAGAGUCCUAUGUUCCCCCUCCUCUCCUUUGAUGUUAAAGCAGCCUCUUAACCAGUGUAAAGACAGGGUACAAUAACCUAGACCCCCCAACCCCUCACACAGCCGCCUGAACACCGGCUGUGAACCCCCACAAAGCUCUGUGAGGGGACAGGUAACCCACAGCAACCUUAGCCAGAAAUCAGAAUGAGUGCGGCAGCUGUCCAGGAUUUGUCUAGCAUGCUGCCACACCAUCCAUGUGUGUCUGUGUAUAUAUGUACUUUACACCCAUGUGUGCAAGAAACUUUGUGUGUGCAGACUAAUAGCUUUUGAUAAAAAUUCGAUGACUGCCAGGUUUAUCUCAGGUGUGAUCAUUAAAAAAUACAUACCAGAGAAAUACUGCCAACUCCAGUAGGUAUUAGUUUUGUAUUUAGCACUGGUCAGCUUAAAUUAUACAAGAUGUAACAUAGGGAUUAUAUGAUGAUAAGGAUUUUAAACCAGACUCUUAGAAACCUUUGAAAUUAUGAACAGUGACCAGUCAUGGGCCUAAACAAUUGUUUUUAACAUUUACUGUAAGACGGUCUGAUAGGUGAGUGAUCUGUAAUAGGUCAGGUAUAGAAAACAAGACCAAAGAUUUUAAGUUAAAUCUUGGGUCUAACUUUAUCUUAAAAAGUUGGUGAGGUGAGGAAAAACAUUCCUAUCACAUAAUGGUUUGAGUCUGGCCUAGAAAAUUUCAGCCAUUAUGGAACUUCUUUUCAUUGUUAUGCUUGUGAUGAAGAAGGUGAUGGCCAUAGAAUGGUUUGAUGGCUAUAGUUAUGAUUUAAUAAUAUUUAAUAUAGAUUUUUUUUUCUCCCCCUGUAGGAAAUUCUAUGUCCUACUUAUACAUCAGAGAAGGUUAGCCACAUACAACAAGAGGCAUCAGUACUGCAGGGGACAGCCUACAGAGAAGGGGCAGAAGAUAGCAGCUGCCUAACGCUUUAGGAGCAGAAGUUGACUGACUUGAGAGUAAAGUCUGUGAUAAAGAAAAAGGGACAGCCAGUACCUUUCACAGUCAACUGUCCUGUGUUCACAGACUGAUGUGAGGAAUGCUGUUUCCUUUCUUUCACCUGUCAGCUGCAAAGUGUGCGUCCGUCACUGCUCACCUGUGAUGUGUGAAAGGAGGUUACUGGUCGUGACCUUGUUUUGGAGUCAGUCUGAGUUCACGUGCAUGUCUGUCUGUGUCUGUUAAUCAGUGUGGUGGUCAAAAUAUGCACUCAUACCUACAACCCACUUCUAUAAUUCCAACUUUCUGGUAACACAGGACUAACAGGUAUAGACGUGGUGCUACAAGAGAGGAUUAUGUUACAGCGCCACUGUCACUUAUUUUAGGGACAGCCCUUGGCUACUACAGAUAACUAGUUUACUAUAAACUCCUUCAUAUGGAUAUAGAUCAGAUUUUGAUUUGAUACUAAACCUCAGCAUUAGUUUACCUUAUUACCCUGGAAAUCCAGCCAAAACUUGUUUCUUUGACAUCUGAAACUUUGCCAUUCCUGUCUAAAAAUCUAACCAUAUUAAGAAUUUUGACUCUUCUGGGGGAAAACAUAAAUUCUCUUGUCUUUUGAUACAUAUUUCCUAGUGUUUUUAUCAAUUACCCUUGUCAUUAUGCUCCUUUAUGUCACCUUGUUUUUAUUACCUGGUCAUUAGAAGGUGUUUCACUCCACUACACUGGCACUCUUCUUUGUGCUUCUAUCAUCUGCGCAGAUCUUGAAAAAAGAAGUAUAUUUCUGUUGGUAGGAAUUGAUGUAUUUCCCCUUCUACUUUGUGUGUACAUAUGUUCCUGUGCCUACAUGCAUGCUUUGAGCGACCCUCAGGCCCAUUUAGUCAACCUGUUAUGUCGUCUUGUCAAGAUAUGCAUCUGCGGUUGUUUUCAUUAUGCCCUGUCUCUCUCUCUCUCUCUCUCUCUCUCUCUCUCUCUCUCUCCCUUUCUCCCUCUCCCUGUCUCUCAUUUGUUCUUUCUCUCACUCAUCCCUUUCCACAGACUCGGGUUACACUUCUCCGUCAGAUGGCGUUCUGCCUGGCUGAGCUGCACUUGUGGUCCACCAAGAGCUUGCUCCAAGUCAAAGGUAGCACUUAUCACCAUGUUCAAUCACCCUCCCUCUCUCAGUGAUUCUCUCCACAUCUCCUUUCUCUGUCUCCUCUCACUCUGUCUUGCUCUGGCACCCUCUGUCAUCACUCACUUUGUUUUCACACCUUCGCCCCGCCAUACCAAUAUCUACUUAGACAAUCAGACUCUCAGUCAACACCAGUGCUUGUCGUUCUAUUUUCUCUUUCUCUCCUAAAAUUUUCUGGCAUUCAAUUCUUUUUCUUUCUUAAUAUUUUCUUUAUUUACAACUAAACUAACUAUAUUUCCGUUUUCUCCAAGUGUGAUUUGUCAACAAAUGAAACUCUAGCGACUCAUGAAUAACUAGACAUUUGAGUCAACGUGAAUAUUAAGCAAAUAUUAGUCAUCAAAAGCAGUAAGUACCAUUUUAUAUCACAUCUAAAUUCAUAGAUUUAGUACAAGAAAAAAUAAUGAAAAUUAAGUUUUUGGUUUGUUUUUGUAGAAAAUAAUUGGAAAAAAACAAAUGAAAGAUAUCUUUAGCUUUGAUUAAUUUGCAAUUUAGUUCACAAUUUUAAAUGGCAGAGUUGAAUAAAGCUCUUCAAAACACCAGGACAGCAACUGUUAAAACUCAAUGUCAGUUUGUUGUACUUUUGUGUUGUUAAAGUCGCCAUUAUUGCCACAAACAUGUUAGCCACAAUAGAACAAGUACUGCAAUUUCUCUGGUGAUAAAAUACACAUACUGUAUAAAACACAACUUAAAACCCACCCAUUCAACAUUUGGUGACCACUGCUUUGUUGUGAAGCUGGGUGGUUUGGUAUAAGUUUGACUUUUCUGGCAUUUUUGUCUGUGUGUGUGUUUUUCUGCUCACAAACUAUCAGACCAUCUCUCCCUUUGGAGAAACAGAGCAUUUCCAUCUAUUUUCUUGUUUUCUUCUCCCUUCCUUUCUGUCUUGUCUUUCACAGUCUGCUGGGCUUUAGACAAAGAUAGUGUCUUUCCCCCAACUGUCUAUGUGUGUUUGUGUGUGUUGAUAUGUGUAUGACACAGUGUAUAUCCUAGGUGAUGGUGACAUAUCCUUAUUUGUUUGUUUAUUCCUACUGUGUGUCUUCUGCUAUCUGAGAAAUAUGUGGAUGGAUACAUCCGAGCACAGAGACCUGGUUGCUGAGGUGUGACGCUCCCUAUCACCUUCUUCGUUACAUCAUGUACAUCUGCCUCAAAAAACAAAAAUAUACAGUACAUUCAUAAAAGCAUAUACCAUAAGACACCAGAGUACUCUUUUGUGCUCAUUUCAUAUAUUUUCUAUUUUAGUCAAUCAUAUUUGUACACCUUUGUAUCAUCUAUACCCUUUCAAGCCUUUGCAAUGGAAACAUAUUUUCUUAAUGGCAAAGAUAGUUAUUGAGUUAGAACUAGGGAUGGGCGAUAUGGGCUAAAAAAGUGUGUCACGAUAAGAUUUGCCAUUCUGGUGAUAAUGAUAAAAGUCCCGAUAAAAAAAUAUUAUAAUUCCAAUCUAUAUUUUUGACUCAUUUUGUCUUGAGAACACCAGUUGGAGUUAUCAAAUAAGAUAGCGAACUACAAGUUGAAGUGGUAGGUUAUGGACAAAACUAAUGACAUCAAACAAGUCUCAAAUGUGGAAACAUUUUCAACAUUUGUUGAAAACUCUUAUUGUACAGAGUGAACAGCAGCAGCAGAUCCACUGUCCAUUGUCAGGCAGACCUGAUUGCACUCAUCUAAACCCCAACCCCAACAUGAGGAAAUCCCUCAUGUGGAGUCUCCAGCUGCUCAGAAACGUCUUCUUCAUUACCUUCAGCCAUGUUUGUUUGUUAUUCUAAGCUGUGUGGGCUACGGCUGUGAGUCCGUUGCUUGCGCUUAUGUCAUCAACUUGCAUUUAUUGUAUUUAUCAUGAGAUGGCAAAUAUUUAUCAUGGAGGAUUUUUAUGAUGAUUUAUAAUGAACGAUCAUUUAUCACCCAUCACCCAUCUCUAGUUAGAACACUAACAAAGACUUAAAGUGCCGAAUUAGCUUUGAUCCUGUGACCUUUCCAUCUUACCUCUCUAAGCUUGGAGUUCUCAGUCUUCAUUCUUUUUGUGAAUUAUCAUUACUUUUCCUAAAUCUUGUACCUUUACGUAAGAAUUAUGGAUAUGUGGCUUUAAUUUGAUUAGAGAAGACAGUUUCCCCUAAAAUCUGAAUUCAGUGUUUGAAGUACAGCCAUGAUUUGUGACAGCACAACUAGUGUGGAAGCCAGUCAAUAUUCAAAUUGAAUAUUGACUGGCUAUAACAUAUUUAUUUACCAAAGAUACAAUAAUAGUGUUGCACAGGAAAGAACAACAAGAUAUUAAAACAACAUUUUGUCCCUCCCCUACUCUUUCAUGACAUGCUCUUCUCUAUCAUUUUUGAGAAGUGUUUGUGCCUAACUAGCUUGAGGCUGUAAUACCAAGCUGAUAUAUAGCCUGUUGAUUUUGCUGGCCAGCUAAACUGUCAGUCCUGUUGCCUGAAAACAAAUACAGAGUUUGCAGCUAAACCCAGUUGCAGCACUCAAGACAAGAGAGCAACAGCUGUCCUCAAUACAGUUUGAAUCAAACUUCAGUAGUUUGACAAAAAAAGCUACAUAGUCACCCUUAUGGAAGAUUAUGUUAUUAUGAAAGUGUCUGUUUUAAGUCUUAAAAGAUGUCUGGUAAAAGAACUGUAGCCUGACAGCUCACAAGCUUAAACACUGAAGAAGAAUUUAAAGUCACACCUGAGCAACACAGUGUAAAUGAAAUACACUGAACAAAAAUAUAAACGCAACACUUCCCAUUUUUCAUGAGCUAAACUCAAAGAUCUCAGACUUUUUUCUAUGUACUCAAAAGACCUAUCUCUCUCAAAUGUUGUUGACAAAUUUGUCUAAAUCUGUGUUCGUGAACACUUCUCCUUUGCUGAGAAAAUAUAUCUACCUCACAGGUGUGGAACAUCAAGAAGCUGAUUAGACAGCAUAAUUAUUGCACAGGUGUGCCUUAAACUGGCCACAUUAAAAGGUGCUGUUUUUUACAACAGCACAAUGCCACAACUAUGGAUUCUUCCUGGCAUUGUGAAUAAAACUGAGUGUUAACUUUUUAUUAUUAUUAUUAUUAUAAGUUACACAUGCAAUUGAAUAUAUGUUGACAAACAAGACAUGCUUUAAUGCAGGUUAAAGUGCUUAGAUUUAGCACAAUAAUAAUAAUAACAACAAUAAGAACUUUAUUUAUUCCCAAAGGGAAAUUCAAUAAUAAUCAUAUUGAUAAUAACUUUUGUUUAAUGAAAAAAAAGUAUGCAGGUGAUUCUCAAGGUUAUGAAAAAAAAAAACUAAAAAUCUCGUUGUGAACUGCUGUGUCGGUGUGUUUGUGUGUCUGCCAUCAGCUCUCCUGUUGUAUUAGUAUGACCUGGCCUCAGGAGCAGCAGCAGCGGCAGCAGCAACAGUCAUGAAGCGAUAAAGAAACGAUGUGUUGUGCGAAUCCGAGUCUGGCUGCUUAUGGUUUUGGGCCUGCAGGAAUAACACUGACAAAAAAAAGGCUCAGCUCAGCAGUUUGUGUGUGUGUGUGUGUGUGUGUGUGUGUGUGUGUGUGUGUGUGUGUGUGUGUGUGUGUGUGUGUGUGUGUGUGUGUGUGUGUGUGUGCGUGUGUAAUCGUCAGCGCUUGCUACAUGUUGUGCAUAUAUUGGUCAUAUGUUUUACAGCUACCUGCUGAUUCUGUGCAUCUUCUUUUAGAUGUAUGUGUUGCAUGUGUGGAAAUUAGAGUCAACCCCCCCAGGUGGGACAGGUUGAGGCACACUCCCAUUUUAUUAAUACCCCUCUGCUCCCCUUCUUCUAUUCUAGUUUGGACCCCCCAUCACACACACAUACACACACCCCAGCCCUCCCCCGUUCCCCUCCCUCACAGGCCUUAUCUCAGCUCAAACCGUGGUGCUGGCAGACGGGACAGACCACUGGCUGAUAGCGAUUGUUUAUCCCACGGUGCGAAAUUGCUGAUCUGUCUUCUGCUUUUCCCUGACAGCAAGAUGUUCAUCAUCCUCCCUCUCUCUCUUUCACUCUCUCUCCUCUCUCUCUCACCCCGCAGAUACAGAUAUUGGCACCUAUCAGUACUACGAUAAAGGAGAGCCAGGUAAAUACUGUUUAUAUUGGAUGUCUGUUUGUGUUUAAGAUAAGUUGCAUUUGUCUUGUUUUUGGAAUCUAUGUGCUUUCCUUAUAUAUGAGGAAGGGCUUUCUGCUGCCUCCCACACUAACACAAGCCCUGAACACACACACAGAAAUUAUUGGUCCUGCCUGUUUUAGGGUCUAACACCUCUUAGCCACACAAACUCCUGUCCAUUGGCUUUAAGCGUAUAGAAUUGAUGCCCUAAAACCUUAUGCACAUACCACACACAAACAUGCAGGUUAUUAGGCCUCCAUGGUUCUAUCUCCUGCACUGCCUGUGUUCCUGUUGACCCUGGGUCCUGACACUCAGCGAUAGGAAAACUAAACUGUUGACUCUCUGCUAGAUCAUAUAGCAUGAGGCCCCAUGUAGUCCAGCCUCAUAUUGCCUCAGGCCAGGAGGUCUCACUCUCACCAAGAAGCACUGAAAGCUUCCUCAUGGCAAAAGCAGUAAGGGGAUGAGAUAUCCUUUACUUCACGUAAUUUUUUAAUGUAGUCAUAUUGAACACCAUGCAUCCUGAGGGAGGCUGCUAGAGACUGUUAAUUUACAUUUAUCUGUAUUUAUAUGAAUGUGCCACUCUGAAAAGAGGUGCUUCAGGAAAAUGUUACAAAAAAGUUAUCCACUAAGAAAUAUUUGUGCCUAGGAAGCACCUUAAAAAUAACAGGUCUUAGCUUUGACAAAGAAUUGUUUAAAUGAUUUCAUAUUUCAAAACUGUUUUUAGGUCCACACUAACUAUGUAAAGCAAUUCUUACCAGUGUCUUGUUUGGCGAUUAAAUGAAUGCAGGUCCUGUCACCCACUAAGCAAGCGCUGUAGUUAAUUUCUUUGAUUUGGUGUCAUUGAUUGGUCUACAAUGACUGCCACACUCAAAAAUAGUGCUCUGCUAGCUUAGUGAUAAUGUUGCCCACUGUAGUCUGAUGGGCUACACUUGUAUGCUGGCCUUGUUGAUGGUUGCUCUGACUUGAACUGUAGUGAUAUUUUAAUUCUACCAUUAUUCUAGUAUUGUUAGCGACUUAAAAACUCAGCCAUUGGUGACUUUUUUUAACAUCACCUGUCAUACUCAAAAGCACAGUGGUGUCACUUUCCAUCAGAGCUGCAGCAGGAUGGUAGUGUGGCUUUUUUAUGAUGUGCUGAAACAAAAUAGCAUACAAAAAAAACUGAAACACAACAAAUACAAAGAACACGUUCAUUCUGAAUCUUGAUUCCAUCACAGGUUAUUGCUGACAACACUAAUAAACAUUCAUUAAUGUGAUAAAUACUUCAGUUUACUAGUGUAUUCUAUACAUUACUUUCUAAAGUAAGUAAGAGCUGUAUAAAUUAGGACAUAAAGUCUCUGAAAGUUUUGCAACAUCAGAAGACACUGGCAUUUCUGACCUACCUUAGCUGGUAAUUUCACAAAAAAAAGAUGUCUUCAGAUAUAAUCUUUUUUUUUUUUUUUUUAAUCAGACUUGAAUGAUUCUUUAUUUUUUCCCCCAAACUAUUUGAGUGUUAAGUUGUGAAGUCUUAUGUAAACUUAGAAAUUCUGUCUUUCAGUCAUCAGUGGAAAAUGGGACAGAAAAACCCUUGUUUUAUUUGACCUUUAAUUCAACCAGCUUUAAUUAUAUUUGUCCCAAAUUUGCCUAAUGGGGACAUCCUGAUCCUGGUAAGGAACUCAGAUACAAAAAAACUAAAAAGAGCAGCAGGAUUUGUCUGUCCCUAUUUCACACUUUAAAAAAUGUCAUAUUUAUCCACUGUUGAUUAAUAACUCUGCAUAGUGGGGCUAUUUAAGCUAUAUAAAGCUCACCUUGAGAUGUACAGCUCUAGACACUUCUUUUCUUUUCUGAAAGACAAUUGAUACAUUUCUUUCAUUUCUGAUCUUUCCUGCUACCCAACAAAUGGGAGGGAAUCUUGCCUUUAUUAAACAAGACAGAUGAAGAGGGAUGAGAUGUGUGGGAAGUAGUGAGUGGGAUAAGACCUGCAGAAACUGCUCAUGGCCAGGGGUCAAACCAGCAGUCAGAGGCUUUAAGAACUAUCCUCUGUACUUGGGAUAGUGCCAACAAUGCUCAUCUCUAACAAAUCUUGAUUUCACAGUCUCUCUUCUGUCCAUCAGCAUGUUUUCUGUUUGUUACACUGCUUGUCUUAGAUUUCACUGCUUCACCUUCAGAAAGUUCCCUCUCUUUUGUCUCUCUAACAUGUAUAUUUUGUUCUUGCUCAUUCUGUGCAACAGUGUGUCUCCCUGUCUCUUCCUCCUUGCCUCUCAUCACAGGGUUUCCUCCCUUCCCUCUCAUCUGAGAAGCUGCCUUCUCUUUCAUUCCAAUCUUCAGUGGGGAGACGAUGCUCUCGCUCCAAAUCCUUUCAUUUGGAGGAUUACUAAAGUGUGGCUUGAUAUCAGUGGGGGGAGGAAAGAGGGAGAAAAAGAAGGGGGGAGAGACAGAGCAGGGGAGCAGAGGCACUAUCCAUAAGUAUCACAACAUUUCACAGAGCAGUGUAAUAAUUGCCUGAGUCAUUACACUGGGUUGCAUGUAAAACCAAUUAGGCCAUAUCAAAUUAAAAUUCAUACAAAAGAUAUUUCGUAUAUAUAUUUUCUAUGGACAGUAAAUCAGUCAGCUUCAACAAAUGUAAAAGAAAGUUUGCAACUAUGAAAAGAAAAAAGAAAAACGGUUGCACACUUGUGCAUCGGUAAGUGUUUAAGUAUGGAAUCGAUCCCUAAUUAUUAGUAUUCUUUUAAGAGUUAAACACUCAAAAAUGUUGUCAUUAAAACAUCUGUGGGUGGUUUGCUUAAAUCUAACCAUAGAUGGUCGAAACUCCUAUCAGCUAUCAUCUUAUUCUGAUACACUUGUUGCUAAACUCUGAUUGAAGCGAAUAAGAUAACUGUUUGUCAAUUCAGCUCUGCCUGCCUAAGACUAGUGAGGAAGGUUCAUCAUGAACCACAUCUGGCAUGUCAAGUAAAAUAACUUUUUCAGCCAAAAAUAAAAAGAUACUUAUGUAAGACCAUAUUAUUUGUGUCAUCAUUUUACUAGUUUUCUCCCAGUUUUGGCGAGGUAUGUCAAGCUUAAGGUAGGUAGUUAAAGUGAUUCAUUUUAUUACAGUCCCUCUGCGAUGAAGGUGCCCUAAAGACAAUCUUCAUGUUCAGUUGCUGUUAAAAUAGUUCUAAAGAGGUGCUGCUUUAACUGUAUGACUAUUUUGGAGGCAGCAGUCUGCAGUUUUCUGUAAAUUCAUUGGGUGGCUCUACCAAGUGUUCCUUUUGUUUCUGACUGAUUCAUUUAUAUCAGCAAUGCUAAAAGUUGAAUGACUGAAAGAGCUUUCCAGUUCAACACUCUUAUAAAAUAUGGAGUAGUUGUACUGCAGCAGCAGUAGCUGGUACACCUAAUGAACAACAGACCAAAUGGGAUGUUCUUAAUCUAGCAGCUAAAUGUCAUUCAAAUAAGAAUUUUACAAUGUUUAAGUUAAAUCUGUAUAUUUCAGUGAGACUUGAGUGUUGGAGUUCUGUGUUGGUCCUGGAUUGCUCUGAUACCUGCAUAAUUGGAGGGGAUCAUUUGUAAUUCCUCAUCCCCCCACUAGAGGUAGACCCAGGCUCAUUGGAGCAGCUCUUGGGGUCCCCUGCAGCCAAUAAAAAAAAAAAAAAAACAUCCCCAAACCCUCCCCACCCAGCCCCAAAGCAGGUGCCCAUGUCUGGGCCUGUCUGGCCCCUUACCCCCUUAUCUGAUUAAUACUACUAAUCCUGGAGGUGUUCCUGCUUGCCAGAGAGGCCGGCCAUCAGACUGACCACUUUCUUGCUCAUGGCGACCAGGCCAAGAGGCCCAGUUAUGGGUUACACAGCAGCAACAAGGUCUCUUGUGACUAAAGGGGAUGUUUGAACUAGUUAAUUAUCAUGUUCUUCAUGAUCUAAUCACACACAAAGAUUAAAAUCAUGAGUUCCAGUAUAUCAUGCUAUUUCGGUCACUGUACAGAUUUAAAAUAACCUUACAUUUGGCUUUUUCUAUUAUCUACAGUCAAUCCUCUGGAACAUCACUACUACAGUGAGAAACGCCAUUUCUGUGAGGGUAAGUUCCCAGUGCAGAAACUCAAACUGAGUCAUUGGAACACACAAGUUUUUUUAAUUUUUUUAUUUUAAGUGUGUCUUUAUGUGCUCAGGCCUUCUAAUAAUCUUACAAUAUCAUCCUACUCAAACUGCUGUCCUCAUCAUUGACUCUCAUACUUCCUCUCCUCUCUUCCCUUCACUCCCUCUGCUUUUCACCCAGUAGUGGAAUACAAACACCCUUAUCAGGAGACGAACACUCAUCCCCCUGCCCUCCCCUCCCUCCUCACUCCCCUGACCCCCUCCUUCCUCACCCAUCCAACCUCCACACCCUCAUUUGCAUGCAUCUGUUUACCUUCCCAUCCCACUCAUUCUUAAUGGAGAAUCCCACUCCUUCAUGGUUUGUUCCAGUGAAGAUGAAAAGGGAGACUGUAAAAAAUGAACAGAUAGGCGAGUGAUUGCCCCAUAUUGAAAACAGCAGUCCCUCAUUCUUUCAUUUUUUCCUACUGAAUUUCAUCUAUAUGUGUGGGCAGAAGCAGAUGCACAAAUUCAAUUAGCUGUUAUUUUUUCCUACCCUUCUCUCCCUCUGUUUAGCCACUAGAGAUAGAUGAGAAAGGGAGUGCUGGGAAAUUAAAAUGUAGGGCCUUGGUGCGGUACAUGUUGAGAUAUGUGCUGGUAACUGUGAGGUUGCAUUUGGGAGAUAACUCAACUCAAGAGCACCAAAAGUCUCCACAAUUAAAUAUUUGCUUCUCCUCAAGGACCAGUGUGUGUGUUCUUGAAGGGACAUUUGCUUUCAGAAGAAUAUUUUCCCUCCUCUGAGUGCAGCUCAAUCAAUCUGUAAGCUGCAGACUUCAGACUUUUGCUGCUGUGGGGAUAUGGUGGUCAAAAAUAUAAAACAUAUGAAUACAUCAAUGAAUUUUUUUUAUGUAGUGAGUAAUAUUUUUACACUGACUCUAAUAUAAAAGUAUAACUUACAUAGCUGCUCAUGCCUAGAGUUUGCAAAGGAAGUAAUCAACUUCAAGUUUUGAUUCUUGCUGAGAUUAAAUGCUGAAGUAAAUCCUUAAAGUGUCCUUUUAAUAGCAAGUGAAAAUCCUGACAAAGUCAUUUCAAACUCAGGUUAAAGUCAGUUUUGCUCCCAUGAAUGAGUAGAUAUUUUAAUUCAUUUUCUGUUGUUUUUAUUGCAUACUUGUUGGUGUGUUGUGAUUGUUUUGUGUUCAUUUUGAUGGCUUAUAGGACCUGUCUUUGUAAACAGCUCCGGCUUUAAAACAAUGAUAUGUGCUUCAUACUUGUCUGUGUAAAAACACAUAGGAAACAAAUCUAUAAAUAAUAAGUUACACAUCAUUUCAUUGCACCUCUUCCACUAAUAGCAACCAUUUUAGUUGUUCGACUGUGGAUACUUCUUUUUCCAUCAGUGGAACAAAUGAAUAUUAUCCUAAAUUGUUAAUUUGUUUAUUUAUUUUUAGAUUGAAGGAUGCAUCUGUAGUCCAUAAGUUGCCAGAAACAAGAGGGGAAAAAUGAAGAUGACGCACUUAACUUAAAACAUUAGUUUAAAAGCUGCAGUGUGAUUCACUGACAUUUUUAUUAGAGCCAAGAAAAUGAUCUUCCAGUUUGUACCAGUACAACCUUGGCUUUUUUGCUUUACACAUGAUUCGAGUGUUUGAUAAUUGAAAGAGCUUAAUAGAAUAACUCUGUUUUUUUAAUAAAGGGAAUAUUUGAGUAUACUGAGGAUUAGUUACAGAGGCGAGAAUGGAGGUAGUGUAUGAACUCAUUGGUGCAGCCAUUAGUCUGUAAACAUUCAUACUUGCAUCUGUUAAUUUCACCUGACCAACCUGUCAACACCCUUUAUUCCUCACAUCAACCCCUCUCAUUUUUAGCUCUUUUCCCAGACACCAAGCUCAACCCUUUUACCCUCUCUGAUUCUGGUGCCACAUUCCUCUGAAUUCCCACAGGGGCUUACUUUAAGAAAUAUAUUUUUUUCAGUGUCUAAAUGUAAAACUACCAGUCACAUGAUCUUUGGACGUUUCUUAUAUUGCUUCCUCCAUAGCUCGGGGCUACUCAUGGACCCCCAGGAACAGCCGUCCUGAGAAGCUCCGUGAUUCGCUGAAAGAGUUAGAGGUACCCGCCUCCUCUGUUAAACCUUCCACCACCUCCUCUCCUGCCACCCCCCUCCUCGUCGUCUUUCCCCCUCUGGGGAUUUUCAGAGUUUUCCCUUUCCGAAACGGCCGAUUGAUUAACAAAUAGAGGCAUUCUCUCUCUUUUCUCCCUCUCCCUUCACUCUCCCUGUCGCUCUCGUUUGUUCUUCUCUCUCUCCUUGCCUCUGUCAUCACCUCUCUUUCGGCCGAGCUCUGUCAUCGAGGGGGAUAUUUGAGGGGAUCAGGGGGCUGCAGGCUGCCCCCUCAUCCCUUCUUGUCCUCCCUCCUUGUCUUCCUCCUCCUUCCCUUCCUCUCCCCUCAUUCACCCCCUCCCACCCCAUACUUGUAGCCAUACAGACCUAGCUUUGUUUGCUGGAACUUGUCUUUGGCUGUUGCACACUCACACACACGCACGCACACACAUACACACACACAUGCAUGCACACACAUCCGCCUCCUUCCUCUCGCCCAUAACCAUUGUUUGAAACAAGAAACACCCCAGCUCACCUCUACACCCUCCUUCUCCCCCGCCCUCCCACUCUCCUCCCAUCCAAUCACCCCAGCUGGGUUUGGAAUGUGGCAGGAAUGACUAACCUUACACACACACACACACACGUGCACAUACAUACACAUACAAGCAGUUCUUACCUGCUCCCACCACUCUGCCCCUCUGUGAACAGGAACUGCUGAAGUGGACACCUGUGAGGGCCAGUGUCCACUUCAUUGGAAAUAAAAAGUAUCAGUGACACUUUCUUUACAUCGAAAUGGAGCAGGGAUUAAGUUAUUACAAUUGAAGGUCUCACAUGACAAUUAACUUGCAUAAAUGAGGUUUGAAAACUAUCUCUUUAAUCAUCUAAAACAUCAAAAAAUACAUGUAUGAACUAUCACGUUUUAAGGAUAUGUCAUAACUUUUGUUUUGCUUCAUACCGCUUACUCUAUAUUAGGAUUUUCCUCAUAAAUUUAAAGACUUUUUUUUUCUCAAGCUUCACUUCUCACAUGCAUGGGAGAGGUGAACAGGCACCACUUGUUGUGGUUUAUUUCUAAAUAUAAGACAAAAAAUUGAUUGUGGAAUGGUUAUUAAUUCAAAGGAUCUUUUUAACCAAAUUCUGUCUCCAGCAUCAGAACUGUAACAGCUCCUGCACUCCUGUAGUUGCCAGUUAUAUUUGGAGCUUGAGCUGCAAUUUAAUGUGUCCUGUUUGUUCUGUCUUUCCUUGUUUUUCUCUGUUUAUUUAUCAGGAGCUGUUGCAGACCAACACCUGCGUUCAGACCAGAUGGAGGAGCAAACAUUGCUGCCAGGUACACACCCUCAUCAGCCCAAGAUCGACACAUACAGAUGGACACACACACACACACACACACACACACACACACACACACACAAACUUUCUUUUUCCAGGUUCAGAAUGUUGCAGGAACUGAACAAACCUCCCACAGCGUGCCCAGACUAGGCCUCAGAGAGUGAGCUUCAUUGGGCUGUAAUGGUCCUUACCAGGUCAUCUUAAGCUAAACUUACUAUAUAACGGUAUUAAACCUAUGACUCAAUAGUCUUGUCUUUUCUUCAGAGUCAAAAAUACAUGGCUGGCGUUUGCAUUAGUAAGCAUAAAAAAAAAAAAUGCAGCAUGUAUGGGGUGCCAGUGACUUGGCGGUAUAAAUGCCCCACACAUAGGGACUAUGACCCUCAUAGCAGUGGUGGCUGGUUCAAUUCCCAGCUGUGACCCCUUGCUGCAUCUCUUACCCCCCUCCCCCCUCCCCCCCCCAGAUCAAAACCACAAUAUUUGAUGAUGUUUUUGACCAGACUGUGACAGUCUUCAUAGCUAUCAGUAGCCUCUUCCAUCCUCCCCAUAUUACAAUAUCUGUUAGCAAUGUCUCAUAGCACCUACAUUACCUGGACUGUGAGACUCUUGUGUUCUUAAAUAACAUGGCACUCACAUGCUUGUUUUCACUAGCUAAUAGCAUCAGCUUUACACAAACUCAAAACUCUUUACAGUGCUUGAGUUAACAAGGGAAAUCUGAGUUAAGAGAGGAUGACAGCGUGGUUGACUUGACCCCAAGUCAGUAGUGUGAAGUGAAUAAGCAAAGUAUAGCACUUAUUUUUCCACAUAAUGUUCUGCUUUGAACUCUAAGCUUUGACAACUUUAAGGCACUGAUUUGACUGCUGAACCAUUCACAGGAAUUUGGGAUGAAUUUUAAUUGAGUGGAAAAUCUUAGAGGGUCACAGUUAUUUUUGUUUUCUAUUCCUGUGUGUUUUAUCACCUCAGUUUUGUAUGUUUUAUGUUACCAUCACAGAUUUGGGCUUUGAUAUACUUACUAUAGAGUCGCCUUGGCGUUAAUUCAGUGUUUUGCUCUCCUGUUGGUUGGUCUGCGGUACUUGUAGGUGUUGCUGAGCAGUGGAAUUCUUGUGACCCUGACCUUGAAUGGACCUCAGCUUGAGCAAGCAUUCGUCGACCGCACAUUAGUGAGCCGCCUACCAGCCAGCACCGUGACUGAUGGUUAGUUACACACUCCAGUCCCUUACACUCACACAUACACACACUGUAAAAAUACAAUUACCAUAAAACAUCCAGGUUGGUCUGAGACAUGUUCACCCUCUGUGUUUAUUUAACAUUCAGCUUCAGUGAGAUUUGUUUUGUUGCCUGUGGUAUACAAUGUACUUUAUACGAGUUAAAUUCUUUAGAAAUGCUUUUCAUUCUUUAAUCCGGCCUUGGUGCCCGCUGUAAUAAAGCCUUCAGACAUUUUUGACAGUGGUUUGGGUUUCUCUGGUUUUGCUGAUGCUAAUUAGAGUGGUUGUGUAACCAUCAUGUCUGUGGUGGAGGUGAAGAAUCCUUUCUUCUGUAUUGUUGCGAUUUUUGCAUUCAGUAAAUUUGGACAAAAUCAUGGUUUAUAUGUGGCAUAAAGGUUCACUAUGGUUUAAGCAGAUUUAGGGACACAAUCAUCUUUAUUCCAGCCACAGUGUUAGGCCACAUAUCUCUGCCCACAGCCUCACACAUACAAAUAAAACGUGUUUGAAACCACAAAAACCAAGAACCAUGCAUCCUCUCUCACAAUGUCAGCACCCACUGUGUUCUGACACCUGCUCACCCUCAACAGUUUGACACACACACACACACUCACACACAAUCCCCACUCUCCUCGCCACUUUGUCACGCAAUCACUCUCUCACACACAUGCGCGCGCUUGCCGUCUCACAUAAACACAUAACAGGUGCCACAGGUGAGCGAGGCGGCUCUGCUAGCUAAUUGCGGACAAAUCCUUUUGUGCUGUGUGUGUCCAGGGGCCUUCCCUUAAGAGCAUCCAUCAGUGUUUUUCCUCCAUCGCACAUUUCUCCAGGGAGCACCGCCCCCCUCACAAUGCACUCCCUCGCUCUGCAGACCUGGCAGGAGAGAAUAAGAGACCCGUGGACACUGGCCCAAAUCUGCUAAUUAUUUCUUUCUUUCUGUAUCAAUUAUUUGUUCAUAACACCGCCCUUCUUGCUUCCGUCCGGAGUCUCGAGACACCUGAUAAAGCCCCCAUAGUGUAUACAUAGUGUUCACUCACACACAAACACAGUCUCUCAUGACCACAAAAACAGGGAUAUACACACACCUGCUCGCACACAUACAUGUGUAAUUACAGCCUGUUUUCAAUGAAGAAAAGCACUUACUGUAUGUCUGCUCACAUUAACAAGACGACACACACACUCACACGCACACACACACUCAUGGACUUGGACCUGCUCAUGUACACAAUGGCACACACAGAGGCGCACACAUGCUCAGGUACACACACCCACUCACCUCCCACUGCGAUCCAUUCAAAACCUCAGAGGCACUAAUUAUUAGAGUAAUGUUGGUUUCCGGGGAUUGUGUGCAUGUCAAAGUGUGUGUGAUAGUGUGUGUGCAGGUUAAGGACUUUUCUCACAUCUGUUACUUCUUCAAUUAGUCUGAGACAAUUUGAGUCCAACCAGACUGCACUAUCAAGCACAUCGAAACAGUUUACAACCAUCAUUAAAGUGUGUCUGAAAUGUGUAUAUGUGUGUUUUUUGUGUGACAUGUACAAAAUCCAAUUCCAUUGAAGUUGGGAAAUUGUGAUAAACGUAAAUAAAAACAGAAUACAAUGAUUUGCAAAUCCAUUUCAACCUAUAUUCAAUUGAAUAUACUACAAAGACAAGAUAUUUAAUGUUCAAACUCAAACUUUUUUUUUUUUUUGGCAAAUAAUAAUUAACUCAGAAUUUCAUGGCAGCAACACGUGACAAAGAAGUUGGGAAAGGUGGCAAAAAAUACUGAGAAAUUUGAGGAAUGCUCAUCAAACACCUAUUUGGAACAUCCCACAGGUGAGCAGGCUAAUGGGGAACAGGUGGGUGCCAUGAUAGGGUAUAAAAGCAGCUUCCCCAAAAAUUCUCAGUUAUUCACAAGCAUGGGUGGGGCGAGGUUUACCACUUUGUGAACAACUGCGUGAGCAAUUAGUCGAACAGUUUAAGAACAAUGUUUCUCAAAGUACAAUUGCAAGGAAUUUAGGGAUUUCAACAUCUACGGUCCAUAAUAUCAUCAAAAGGUUCAGAGAAUCUGAAGAAAUCACUGCACGUAAGCCACCAUUGAAUUCCCUGUGACCUUUGAUCCCUUAGGCGGCACUGUAUCAAAACCGAUGUGUAAAGGAUAUCACCACAUGGGCUCAGGAACACCUUCGAAAACCACUGCCAGUAAAUAGUUUGUCACUACUUCUGUAAGUGCAAGUUAAAACGCUACUUUGCAAAUCGAAAGACAUUUAUCAACAACAUCCAGAAACUUGCCGGCUUCUCUGGGCCCGAGCUCAUCUAAGAUGGACUGAUGCAAAGUGGAAAAGUGUUCUGUGGUCUGACGAGUCCACAUUUCAAAUUCUUUAUGGAAAUAGUUUGUGGAUGUCGUGUUCUGUGAACCAUCUGGACUCUUAUCAACGCGAAGUUCAAAAGCCAGCAUCUGUGGUGGUAAGGGUAAGGGUAAGGUUAGUGUCCAAGGCAUGGGUAACUUACACAUCUGUGAAGGCAACAUUAAUGCUGAAAGUUACAUACAGGUUUUGGAGCAACAUAUGCUGCCAUCCAAGCAACGUCUUUUUCAUGGACGCCCCUGUUUAUUUCAACAAGACAAUGCCAAGCCACAUUCUGCACGUGUUACAACAGCAUGGCUUUGUAGAAAAAGAGUGCAGGUACUUGACUGGCCUGCCUGCAGUCCAGACCUGUCUCCCAUUGCAAAUGUGUGGCGCAUGAAGCGUAAAAUAUGACAACGGAGACCCUGGACUGUUGAGCAACUGAAGCUGUACAUCAAGCAAGAAUGGGAAAGAAUUCCACCUUCAAAGCUUCAACAAUUAGUCUGCUGAGUACCCAAACAUUUAUUGAGUGUUGUUAAAAGGAAAGGUGAUGUAACACAGUGGUAAACAUGCCCCUGUCCCGACUACUUUGGCACAUGUUGCAGCCAUGAAAUUCUGAGUUAAUUAUUAUUUGCAAAAAAAGAAAAAAGUUUAUGAGUUUGACCAUUAAAUAUCUUGUCGUUGUAGUGUAUUCAACUGAAUAUAGGUUGAAAAAGAUUUGCAAAUCAUUGUAUUCUGUUUUUAUUUAAGUUUAUCACAAUUUCCCAACUUCAAUGGCAUUGGGUUUUGUACAAUACAGAAAUGACGUUGUUUUUUUUUUUGUGCAGUUUUCCCAUAUGUAAGUGUGUAACCAAUCUUAACACUGUAAGAACAUUUGAAAGAAGUCAUAUAUCUGGCUACAUUAUGGGAUUAUUUAGGUUAUUAUGUUCAUUUUUUCAUACUUGAUUAAUUCGUUAUUUGUGAAACUGGCUGAAUUAACAGGACUUAACAACUUCACAGUGAUAAUCUUGAACUAACUUAACUUGACCAAGAGUGACAAACCAAAAAGCAUGAUGUUAAUACAGAUCUUUGAUAAUAACGUCUUAUUUUGGUCCCUGUAAGCUAUUUUUAGCUUUUGGCUUUUAAUGGACUGAACUGAGAAAAUGAAUUAUUUGAUGCAAAAUUCUGAAUUUAAAAUCAUAAGGUUGUAUGCUAAAACCAUUUAUCUGAAAUCCUUAAACUAGAUGAUUGCUCUGCUUUUGUCAGGGAUAGAUCACUAACAGAGUUUUAGCUUUUGAAAAUGUGUAGGCUAAUGGCUCAAACGUAGUUUCAGGAGUGAAGGAGCUGAGUGACUUAAACUGUCAUAAACUGUGAUAAAAGCUGUUAAUAUGUUAUCUUCUGUGUCUUCUCAACAAUUUCUUUUUGUAUUGACAUGACAUAGUGGAGCAAAGGCAUUGACCUUCCAGCUGAGAAAUUUUCAGCGGUCUUUUACCAAAGUUUUCUUGGUGGUCCUCCAGACCUUAAUGUUUGAAUCUGGUUCAGGAUUGUUUGGAGUGGGCUUCCAUUCAAAUCUGAUCCUAACUUCAAUAAUGAAUGAAUCUAUGCUUAGACAAUCAGAGCACUUGCUAAUGUGACUACGUUUUGGAAUGGAAUUUGACAACUUUCUAAAACAAAAAUGUUCUUGGUGUUUAAAAGCUGAAGAAAAUCUCUUUUCUGAUUUGCAUGUAUGUAUGUGUUCGCCUCUCUGAGACAACAAGACACAAGCCAGGUCUGGUUUUGUUUCACGGUGUGACAAAGCAGGCGGCUUACUGUCCUUUCUUAAACUUUGCAUCCUUAACGCUAGUUUCCUUUCUAUUUCAACCAUGAGCUCUGAUUGCAUCAUCCAGAGCGCUUGAUUACAUAUAUUUUACACCAUCAUAGUGUUACCCGCUUACUCUGGCCAACGGCUGGGCAAAGCUGCGCAUAUGCUCCACGAUUAAGCAUCCUUAAGUGAUUUUUCAUAGCAGGUUUCAUUUACUCAUGUUGAAAUGUGCUUUGGUUAAGCCCAUUGGCCUCUUAUGUCAACAUGCUGCUGAGUAGAUGGCAUUAAAUGGAUUUAGAGGGCUGUGUGUGUGUGUGUGUGUGUGUGUGUGUGUGUGUGUGUGUGUGUGUGUGUGUGUGUGUGUGUGUGUGUGUGUGUGUGUGUGUGUGUGUGAAAAAGAAUAUGUGCUUGAACAAGAGGUUGGUUUUAUGCUUGUGGGUGUAAAUGUGUGUGUGUUACUGGGACUGCAGGAAAUGUGGUUGCGGGCUUGAAUGCAAAAAUGUGUAUUUAUAUCCUUCAGUCCACGAGUUAUAACAGUAUGUAUGUGUGCAUGUGUGUGAGUGUGUGCGUGUACAUGUGUGUGUGUAAGACAGAGGGUUGUAUCAGGGUGGGUUAUAAGGGUCUGGCCCUUAAUACUAAUCAGCCACCUGGUCCCAGAUUGGGCCACAGCCUGGAUACGUAUUCCUUCUUCAUUUAGGACUGAAUGAGAUUAAACCUAAUCCCGUUUAUAGACACCCAUACAGAUCAAUACUAAACUGCAUUUAACUUGAUUUGUCUGUAAUCUAUUACAAAGACGCUUACUAUUGCAUUAAAUGUUGUUUGGGAAAGCCAGGGCAUCAUUAAUGGCUGUAUUUCGUAACAGUGUUAACCCUGAACCAGUUUUUAUUUCAAAUGCUUUAUAAUCCAACUUUGACAUAGAGACAGACCUACUCAGUUGACCUGAUUUGAGACACUAGUUCUUCUCUCUUUUCAAGUGAUGUUUCAAUUCCCUCAUAACUAUUUGCAUAUUAAUUUGAAAUUUUCACACAACAGGAUGAUUUAUACCCUCACGUUUAUAAAUACACACAUGCCACGGUUAAUUGGCGGUUAGAUUUCUAAAUCUCGGGGUGCAGCCUCACUCGUUCAACUCAAAGCAGGAUAUCUGAGAGACAUGUGUAACAACCCCCCUUUCCUUUCCGUUUAAUUGGUUUCAUAAACAGAUUAAUUUGAAGGAGAGGGGGGCUUAAUUGCUAAUCAGCGUUUCCAUGCAGCUCCUGAAGAGUUGAACAGGAUCAAGUGUGUUCUUUUACCACAAAAAGGCCUUAGAGCCUGUUGUACACCGUCAGGCAAAGAGAGAGAAGUACAGGGGAGAUACAAAGAAUGAGGGAGGCAGUGGAGAGGAGAAGAGAGGAUGCAGGAAUGGGGAGAGAGGAGAGGAGAAAACAAGUCAAAAGGACUGAAAGAAAAAAUUGCAAGAGAGGUGUGAGAGACUGAAACUCCAACUCCAACUUGUAAACCUUAGUGACAUGGUACAACAGCAAUUUUACUGUGUUAAAAUGUAGUGAUUGUACAUGGAACAGUUUGAAAACAAAUAAAAAGGCUUAUUAUUCAGUAUACUUGCAUAAAAGGAGCAACUCAUAGAUCCAGAAACUCUCAGAGUCUCAGGGAUAAAAUGUGAAGUUGAUUCCAUUUGACUGGAGGGAAAGUAAAAGUAAAGCUAACCAGCUGGGAAACCUAAAUCAUUGUCAUUUAAUCACAGCUUAGUAUCUUUGAUAAUGUGAGCAUACUCAAGGAUUUUAAAUGCACUUUAAUUCUAAAAAAAUAUCAGCUGACGUUAUUUGUUUCCAAGUCCAGGAACAGUUCACCUAGCUCUCUGACUCCAAUCAAUUGCCCUUGGUGAUGCUGUGUUUAUACUGAAAAAGACUGUAACACAGGUGCAGCUGUGUGGUGAUAACUUUUUAUCACCGUUCACUCCUAUGAAGAAGACAGUGAACUCUUCAAGUGUCACCUAACAAUAUACUGCUGUUUCUCUGUUUUAAGUCAUGACGUUGAAUGACAAGUGUGGUGAUGUCAUCCCCAGCGGUGCUAAGCGACAGGCUGAUUCUGCUGUCCUUCCUGGAGCAGAGCCAAGUGGCUGCAGUCUACCUGAACCAAAAGAACCAGGACACCCCGGAGACUGGCAGGCGAACAGACAAACUCUCACCCUCUGAAAUCAAGGUACAGUGGAAGACAUUAAAGGACUGUGCGUCUGUAGUGUGUGUGUACUUUUGUAUGUGUGCUCCUAGGUUGGUAUUUGUGAGGGUGAGGAAAGUAGAAAGUGAGACAGUCAAAAGAAGAAGAUGACGAGAAAGAAGAGAAAAUAAGGUCCUCUAUAUCACUGUCUUAAGACCUACAUUUUCAAACUGUUUCCUGUUUUGCGUUUGCUCAGGCUGACAUAGAUCAAGUAAAGUCUGGAAACAAAACCUACAUGGCACAAAUCCAUUCACAAACAACAAAAAAUAAAAUAAACAUUGUAUGUGAGGUAACAAAUCGCUGCUUUCCAGCAUAUUUCACUUUGAAACCCUCUGUGUUUGAAUACAGAUACAAACACCUGAUUUGUCUUUGCUGUAUUUUUUUGGAAAUACUUUUUGGGCUAUUUUGCCUUUAUUUGAUAGAAGUACUCCAGGAAGGGAGAGCCACUUCAACAAAGAUCUAUGGCUCUUUUUACGGGGCACUGUAACUGUUGAGACAAACAGACAUAUUUAGGACCCUCACCUUUUCAGCCAAGUCAAAAAAAUCUAUUCUGGUUAGGAAUAUUUGACGGAUAACUGAAUCACAAUAGCUGCAGUUCAUUUUGAAAGGGAAGUUCAGGUACACCACUGCUUGAACAGUUCCCAUAUUUGCUGGCAGUCUGAGCAGAGACUUCAAAAACCAGUGCCAACUAAAUUAGCUAGGGUGCCAUUGGUCUGUUCGGUAGUUUGUGAGAUACAAAGCUACCCAUCAUAAUCUGUUGUUACCAUGACUAUAAGAUAAGAAGAACUUUAUUGAGCCCCAAAGAGAAAUUCAAUAGUUGAAAUAAGUUGAAAUCCUGUAGUGUUAAUUCUAAUGCACACUGUCAUUACACUUUAUCAAUAAAUAAUGAUUGUUAAGGUUUUGUUCGUACCUUUAUCAAUAAAAGGUUCUUACUGGGUAAAUGUAAUUAUGUCACCAUGAGGAAUAUCCCAGGCAGCCUUUAACUUUCUACUUCUUUUUCAUUUCUAUUCAUUCCUCUCUCAGACAGGCGUGUGUAUUGAUUGGGGAUGUUUCUGUAGGUGUCACUAACAGGUCAGAUCAUACACUGGUCUGUUCCUUCCCUUCCUCAAAACAAAACUAGAUCAUGUCCUUCUUCACUAGCAGGCAAACUGCUAACCUGGCAUUAUCAUAUUACUGCCAGGCCCUUUUAUUAAGGUGUGCACGCACAUGUGUGCGUGUGUUACUGUGCAUGCAUGUUGCAUGUGUAUAAAAGCAAUCGUGCCUACUGUGUGUCUGUCUCCAGAAGCAUUGCCCUGAUAAGACACCCCCAUUCCCACCCAUUCUUACCACCCGCCCCACACAGCCACCCCGUAAAGUACAGACCUCUGUCAAUGUAUGUGCUGGCAACCUGCAAUAUACACACGUGCACAUGUACACCCAGCUACCCAUCCCCCAUGACAAACACACAACACAUGCACAACCACAUACACAUCGCCCUGGUCCAGUGGGCUAAGCUGGAGACGGAGUGUGGGGGACAAUGAGGGGGGGGGUUAAACUAAUCCGGCCCACAGAAAGUGGUUUUUGAUUAUUGCUGACCAGCAAACGCCAGCAGAAAAAAAAAAACCUCUGGAAAAGCGAAGGGAUGGAGGGGGCAUGCUGUGGUUGAUAUAGAGGGUGUUAUUAACCCUGGUGAUUUACAGAUUUUUUUCCUUUUCUUCUUUUUCCAUUUCUAAUCUGUCAGUGAUCUCCUAUUCUGCUGUUUGGGGCUACUCUUUGUUCCCUUUAUCAUCAGAUGUGCUUCCAUCAUUUUAAUUUGGCCCUGUAUUUUGAAUCCAAAGCAAAUAGUCCCCCCAAGGGGGCAAGAAGGGCAGACAUGGACCACUGACCCUUAGAUCUGCUCUACUCAUACAGUACAGCUGGUCGAUUUAUUAAUUUCUGCCUCUUUCUGGCCUUUCACACCCUUUUUUUUGGACUUAGUUGAAUAAUUUUUGUGGUUUGUUUGUUUUAUAAAUUUUUAAAGAAACGUUCUUGUAUUACUGCAGAAACAGAAUCGGGGCUACUCAUCUGCUCAUCUACUUACAAAGGUCAUGGAUGUUCAUAUACUUUUGUGUGUGUGUGCGUGUGUUUGUGUGUGUUUGUGUUUGUGUGUUGGCUGUUACCUUUGGUUUGCUGUGUCUUUGCGUUUAGGAGUGUGACUGGAGGUGAAGAACAAGCCCUAAGUGGUUAUGAGUAGAUGUGCGAGUGUGUCUGUAUGUGCAUACAUUUGUGUGUAUGAACAAGGAUGAGCUGUGGUGUAUAUAAAGGCCGGAGUCGUAGUUUCAAACUAACAAAUUCACCUUCUCUAGAUGUCCAUUUUGAAAUGAGAUGCACUUUUGGUCCGUGUACUACAUAUAAGUACAAGUGUAUUUGUGUGCAUACAUGCAUUCAUUCAUGUAUGGUUGUGUGUUUCUAUGGGAGUGUGCCCCCCCAGCACCACGAGAUCUCAUUACUGUGCGUCUCUUUGUUGUGGCCCAUAGAGCGUGGCAGACCUUCCCAAAAAUAUGCACAUCACUAAAACAACAAGCCCGACAGACCAAAACACACACACAUUAAUAAUGGAAGAUAAAAAACAACCUUAGACAUCAACAAAAACAGAACUGGGGAAGGACAAGAGAGGGGUGUUUGGGCUACAGAUGAAGAAGAUUUACAGCCCUCAGGUGAUGACACAGGCUAGACUGGUAAAUCCAAAUCACUAAGACACUCUCCCCGUUCUUCAUUAGAUGUGUUUUUAACUCUGAAUGUUUCUCCAAAUGUCUUAUACUUCUGAAUGUAUUGCUGUCUCUGGCCCUCUCCUCAGUCCAUGUUUCCAGUACAUGUACAGUAUGUGUGUGUCCACCAUCAUUGUAUCUGUUUCAAUUUCCAGGUGGUGUGUGUAGAUGGAAGUGGGCAGAUUCGGAAGCUCUGCAGGCGUGUCAGUCUUAACCGUCUCCAGGAUGUUGCUCUCUGCUGGUGGAAUCUAGAUGAAACCGGUGAGGAGCUUUGGCCCUGGACUCCCACAGCCUCAAACAAGAACAACCUGGUCCUACUGAGCUGCUCACCUACUGAGGGCCUCAAGGUACACACAAAUACACACCAGAGGCUUUCUGACUGGAAAACAACCGGUUACUGAUGAAUGCCUUUAAAAAACCAAAACAUUUACCAGUUAAAGUUCAAGUUCAAGCCAAAAAGUUUAGAGUUAUCCUCCAUUAUCGUCACAGUAUUCACAGCAGACAUCACAUAUCCUCUACUAUGCUUUCCUCCUUUAUUUUGUGUUUGUUGGGUAGGCUAAUGUAGAGCUGCUUCACCUUCCACAAGCCAAUACACAUCACUCCAUCGUUCCUAAUGGCACUAUGAAUAAAGACAGAAAAAGGCUUGAGGAUACUCAAGAAUGUGCUUUUUUUGUGGAAGCUUUUUUUGUGAAAACUCCUCUCAGAGUGGGAUUCACAUCUGACGGCUAACAGUUCACUUAGUGAAAUUUCUGUGUAAGACCUCUGUGAAAAAGCAGUAAGAAUCUGAAGUCUGAAAAUAGAUGUCAAACUGGUUUACUGAGUUUGGCUAAUGUUAGCAGAGCUAGCACCAUCAGCCUGAAGUCCUCCUUCCAGGUGAAGGUCCACAUGCUUGUAGAUAUACAGUAUGUUGCCUUUGUUUAGUGGUUAUAUACCAAUUUAACCUGAAGUAGCCCGUAAACAACUUGAUGUCUGUUUCUGGAUCAACAGGUUUCCCUACAAGAUGCACAAAAAUGACCCACAAAUUGAUUUAUUUGAAAGACCAGCAACUCUGGUGCCAAUGAAGUAACCAAGUUGAGUCAAUUAGUUGACGUAACAUUCAUACCAUGUUUAUUACCUCAAACUUAGUACACAAGUCCAGACUCUUACUAUAAACAUGUAUCUUCUCACACUGUCGGGGACUCCUUCACAGACACUCUGUGGGGUGCAUGCAUGAAGUGAGGACACAUAACGAGAAAGGCAACAAAGCAGGCCAUCUACCUCAACACGGUGGAGACCUGUGUUGAGGUAGAUGGGAUUGGGGAUGGUGCAUUAGUCACCUCAAGGGUGGCACCUCUGUGUUGCACCUCCAUGCAUCACCACCAUACAAAAAAAAAAAACAGCAGCAGCACUAAGCUGUGGUACUGCGUGAAGAAGAACGCCUACAUAUCCACAGAGGCACAGGCAUACAAACAAACACACACACAUGAUAGGCACACAUCUUCAUGGCCCUUGGCAAAACCCUAACUGCAACCUGAUUCUAUGUCAACCCAGGAUUGGCCCUGUGCCGAAAAGCAGAUGAAAGACUCCAAAUUAGCGAGCCAAGCUUAGCUGUUUUCCUCAUACUGCAUACCUCUGCAAACAUAUGCAAAAUCUCUACUGCACCAGAAACAGAAGGAAGAGAGUCUGUGGUAAGGAGGAAAGAUGAGCGUUACCAAUCACAUGUUCAGAAAACAAAUUCAUACAGAGAGAAUGAGGAAAAGAUGGGAGCUGGGGGGGGGGGGGGUACUGAAAUAUUGAAAUAAGCAAAGCAGAUGUUGUUCUCCGCUUUUUCUGCUUCUUGUUUUUGGAAAGCUCUCCACAUUUAUCACACUCCUUCACCCCCCACCCCGCCCAACACAUAUACACACACACACUCACACACAUACAUGUCUUCCUUGCUUCUCCUCCUUCCUUCCUCCACGCUUCAAGAACAUUAAAGUCUCUUCGUGGGGCUGCGGCAUCGCGCUCUAAUGAAAGCGUUUGUUGUCAUUUUUCAGAUGCACGGUGUGAAAUUAAGCGAGCAGUUUAUGUAAGAGCCGUGGCGGGAAUCAAACGCUGGGCACACAUCGGGAGACGCCAGCUACUUCAAUCACUUCAAGCUCAUAUAUAUGUUCCUUUUGUUCAGUUCGCUAUCUGCAGCACUAAGCCAAUUUUCUAGCCAGUCUCUCGGCAUUUAAAAAAGUCUGAUUUCUUUCCCUAUGUGGUCUUAAUUCAUAUGCCCCCCCCUUCCUCAUGCUGAUAAGUGGAGCCACGGCACGCAGGGGGUGGAGGGUGGGAAGAGGAGAAAAACAUGUACACAGUUAGUUUUUAUGCAGCCAGUUAACAUUUUUAAUUAUCUGUCCUUCAUGCCCCCCUCCCUCUCUCCAAACAAACACAAACACACACAAAUCAUUACCUGAAAUGUAUUAAUCUGAACUAAAAGAAAACAGCAGAUGAUUUUUUUUCUUGCUUUACGUGGUUGCAUUUGUAUGUUCAUUUUAAAGUGUACGACUAUCCUGUUAUCCGUCACCAAACAGUUUUUCUGCAGUUGUUUGAUCUGCAUUUGUGCGAUUUCUCUUCUCUGUUAAUUAUUGCUGACAGCACUGUGCUGCAUGGUGUUUACUCUUUUGUGAAACGAGCCAAAACAAAAAGUAACUACAUUGAUUGCCCAAUAAUAAGGAAAGAUGUGAUUUAUAGAGUAUAUAACUGGAUGGAAAAAGUGUGUGCUUCAACUCCUGCAAGAACCCAGAGAGUUCAUUUAUUAGAAUGGUAAAUGGUGAAGGGACUAUAAUUAAGAAAAACUUCCUCUAAUCUUCUGACCACUCAAUGUGGUUUUGAGUUUAGUGUCUUAUUCUCAUCACAGUCACACACUGACGCUUCGAUUUAAAAGGCCCUAAACCUAGUCACACACAAUUGGCACAGCCACUAGGGGUAGUUAAGGCUUAAGUGUCUGGCCCAAAGGUACUUUAAUACAUAGAUAGUGGGACCUGGAAUUGAACCCCCAACCAACUCUCACCACUGAGCAACAGUCGCCACUUAGAAGCCAAAUUAGCAGCGUAAAAUGUCUAAAUUUGUCUCUUUAACAAAAAAAGCUGCAGCCCUAAUGUGCAGAAUGAAAGCAUGAAGAGUAGAAAAAUGAGCCUCAGUCAUAAUUUAGAUCAUGAAAGGGUCUGGUAUGGAAUCCAAAGAGCAGAAUUACCCCCAAGCUUCAGCGCUUUGAAAAAAAAUCACACAGGAAAUGCUGCUGCUGCUGCUGCUGCUGCUGCUACAGUUUCAGGUCUAGUGAGUAAUGUUCACUCUGUGCUACAAUUAUGUUCAGUGGUACCAAUUAUGACAGUUAAGGUAUGAGGAAUAUUCUGAUUGGUAAUCCUGCUGUGCUUGUGCAUUUUCUCACAUCAGUACUUCAACGCUAACCCUAAUUCACACACACCUUAAACUUCCCAUUCCCCCUUCAUCCCCAACUCGACACCCCACAUCCUUCAGUCCCUCAACUCUCCCCAAGUCCCUCCGUCUCCCUCUGCCCGUCUCUCCCUGUCUUUCUCUGCUCCGUGAGCUGGAAAAUUGGCUUCAAAAGGCCACUGCUGUGAACAAGGGCCAGCCACACAGUUGGGCCCGUCCGCUUUAUCUUUCACGCCACGGAGGGGGAAAAAAAGGUGCUGGCAAGAGAGAGACAAGAAGAAUGGAGAAGAAUAGUUUUGACCAGUCACUGAAACCAAUAACCAGGAGAAAGCUACUUACUAGAGGCCACUCUUUCUCUCUCUCUCUCUCUCUCUCCCUCUCUCUGUCUUACUGUCUGCUUUCCACUCUCCGUUCCUGCUCUCUUUGCACUUUCUCUCAUGUUUCUACCUCCUUCCUCUCUACAUUCAUUUCCUUUACUAACUUCCACUCUUUCUCACCAUCUUUGCUCGUAUUUCCUGAUCUCUGUCUGUAUGCCUCAUUGUUACCCUUUCUUGAACAUCUCCUCAAUCACUCAUUCUCUCUUUCCUGACCUUUUUCAUCGUUUAAGAAUUUUACAGAAGCAGGGAAUCCAGUGAUUCGUGUGUAUCUUUUUACUUUUACUUGCUGCUUUGAAAAGAUGGGCUGUUCUAUGAUUUCAGAAUUCAUAUUUCUUUAUAGCACAAAAUGCAUGGAGCAGUACAUCAGUCAGGAUGCAAAUUUAAGUAAAAUAGUAGGAGAUGUGCUGAAAAGUUCAGCCUUUAUUUCAGAUCACUUCCUUUUCCUCACUGCUUUUUCCCCCAUUUUAUUCAUAUUUUGCUUCAUUCCCCUGAUGUGUAUGUCUUGUCAUGCUUACAGUGGCAGGAGAUGUGGCAGUGUGAGAGUUGACACUCUGACACAUUCAAACCUGUGGGUCAUGAGUGUCACACUCUAAUCUCCUCAUCAGCCAUGCUGCCUUUAGGGUCCUUCUGCUUGCGUUUGCUCCAUCCACAGAAUGUGAAAUGAGGCACUUCCUGUCCUUAAAUGUGACCCAGAGCCGAAAUGCUGUUGUGCUGACUGUUAAAAAUGUUGUGACAGUGAUUUUGAGACUGGAUGUGAGAAUUUGAUGUUUUUGCUGUGUGUUUUCUGUGCACUCUGCCAGAGCACUAUUGGGAAUUCAAACUGCCUCCUUAAGAAAAUAGCUUUUUUUUCAACAUCCACUUCACAUUUAGGUCCAGACGGAUGUCAGCAAAGUUAGGAAAGAAAUUACACAAGAACAGUUUAAAAGGCUUAUGGAUUAUUGCUCAUUUAGGACAGCUUUUUUUUAGUGCUGCUGUUAAACAAUAUUUAAAACAUAGAAAUUGGCCAGUUGUAUUCAAGACCAUGACAUGGUUUCACUUUGAAGUGAAGUCAAUUUUUGCAUUUUGUCUAUUUUUUUUCCUGCUUGUAGUGCAAAGUCCAACUAGAAUCAAACUUGAGUUCUUGAAGAAUCCCAGCCAUUACUGCUUGAACCAGUCGGCAAUAUUCAGUUGUUGCCUCAGAGCUUCAGCUGACACUGUCCUCCUUCUCCCUCCCUGGGAGGGUCACCUAUCAGGGGGAGGCAGAGCUGAAUCAGCUUCACCUCAGCCCCGAUGGUGCCACGGUGGCUUGCUGGCACAGCAGGUGAUGGGCACCAGUAAGCCAGGCACCAGAUGAGAAGCAGAGAGAAUGAGUUGUGUAUUGUGUUCAUAUGUUUUGGGGAGAUCAGGGUUUGUGUAGUGAAGAAGGUGCUGUGGAUCCCGUGGCAGCAUUCAGUGGGAUGGAUUUGCCUGCUAUUUGUUUGUGUUCAAGUUUAUCUAAUGCAUGUGCCACUUUGUCCCUGCAGAAAUGUACCUUUCCAGAGAACAGCACCCUCCAAAGAUACCCCACCCCUCACAUGAAUUGAGCCUCUCUCCUUCCUCCUCGAAUAAACACACAAACACACAAACAGCACCCACCCCCUGGGGAGCAGCAGGAGCUAGCUCUGGGGGAUUAUCAAGAAGGAAAAAGCUUUCAGGAGGACAGUCAUCUGCUUCUCUCCUGCUCUAGACCAUGGGCAGGCAAAAAAACUCCUCUCUUCCUCCCUCUAAGUCCCUUUUUGGCAAUGCCUGCCAAAAAACUGGGCUGGGCAGCUUUGUGAAAGGAAAAGAAGGCAGGCAGCAGAUCCUUCUUUCUGUCUGCACGGCGAAAAGAAAUGGGCUCAUUUAGCCAAAGCUGCCACGGUCAAUACAGGGCUCUGAUAGAGGCUUUGGUAAGGUGCAAUCCCUUCUAAAAACCUCUGUAAGUGACUGUGGAAGUGUUGGACUGCUGUGUAGUUUUGGAUGUUGUCUCCUGUCACCCACCUACUGUUCCUGGUUUCAUUGUGGGUGUUUUAUAGACAGCACCGCUGUGACAUCUUUCUCAGUCAAAGGUUGCUUGUUUGCUUGCUUGGAGGGGGCCGCUUCCACUCCCACCAGGAAUGAAUAAUCAUAAUUCUGGGUUUGACCACCACUCAGAUAUUUCAAUGCAUUUUUUACGUUACAUGUAUUGUUUGAAAAAGAUUGUCACUUCUCAAGUCCACUGUUGAGCUCUUGGCUCCUCAUUCAGGUAAACAGAGGGUGUUUAUCACUGGGUGCUGGGUGCCGAGCUGUGGCAUGCUCAGGGAGAAGAUGUUGUUGACCUUGAGUUAAAAUGGAGCUCUUAUCAUUAGCUGUGUUGAUUGACAGGCGUGUGUUUAUGAGCAAAUAGGGAGGCUACAUUUCCUUCAUCUCCAGGGGGUUUGGAGCUGCUGCCAUUGUAUCACUCAUUUCUCUGUCUGUCUCUCUCUUACACGUUCUUCUUCUCCAUCCUUGUCCUUCUUUUAACCUAAAACAACUUAGUGAAGGCAGUGUCUUCCAAUACAUACAUGAAAAAUAUGUUUAAGAAAACAAAAACAGAUUUACAGAAACAUGUUUUCUUCCUCAGACUCUGCUUAGUUACACUCAAGAGCAGAGGGAGGGUGCUGAGUUCUGUCUCUGAAAACUUCAGUAUAAACAGGAAUAUUCCACCAUUCAAGAGAGAGUGAACAAUCAAACGAAUGUGCAAACUCUGGCUUUAUUUAUCACAGUAAAUUCAUAAUUAACAGUUUAUAUAAAAGUUAAAACAGUUAAAAUAUUUACCUUAACACUUAGCUCUAAAGUCAUUGUUCUGGUCUUUGCUGUAAACGUGCACUUUAGAAGUUAUAUUGUCCUCCAACCAGAGAACUUUAUACAUGAUGUGUCAUGAUGUUUUGCUGGAUCGGUUUUUGCUGGUCCCAGCAGUCUGGCCCUAUCUGAUGUUUUGGCCUGUUAAAGUGAAGUUACUCCUUGCUAAUGGCCCAACUGCUUGGUGAAGUAAGUUUGAUUGCUGUGGAAGCGAUGACACAUAUGUGUGGUCCUAACUUGCACAGCAUGUAAUGAGAUGACUUGGACUGAUUGCUAAGGUUUAAUGAGAUCGUAUGUCUGCUUCAGUGAAGUAUUUUCAGAUCAUUUCAUACUCACUUCCUCCCCGCUGCUGUCAUUCCCUCUGAAAGGUCCUGAGCUCUGUCCGGACAGAAGGCAAUCCUCUGGACUGUCACUUCAGCCUGCUACAGCCCUACCAGCUACUCACGGUGGAACUUCCUACAGGGACCCAAGGAUCCAGAGUGGGGUCCUGGGCCAAUACCUGUGUCUAUGAAUGUGCACGAGAAUGCCUUCACCGCCUCUCAAUCACCCGCAUCCCUCUAGCAUCCCAUCCCAUCUCCUGUGCCCGUCACCCCUCUGAGACCAUACUUCUCCUGGGCUUAAGUGACUCCUCUUUAGUCUUGUAUGACCAGCGACGAGGGGUCUCCUUCCUGGCCUUGUGCCCUGUGCCACCGACCCUUCUGGCUUGGCACCCUGCAGGGGCUGUGGUCAUGGUAGGGGGUGGACAGGGAGAACUGAUGUGCUUUGAUGUGGGCUUGGCACCCUUAGGUAUGGCACUGUUAGCAGAAGAGGUAGCUUCUUCUGCUUCCCUAAGACUAGCGCAGCACCUGCGUUGCACCGGAGGCCUGGAGAGACUGUGGUGGGGGGCUGGUCUGGAAGGAGCACCAGAGGGAGCUGAUGUCAUGAUGCUGGCCUUUCAUGGAGGACCACUGGCAGCCCUGAGAUUCAGAUUAGGUGGGUAAAACUUUUAAAAAGACAAAUUUCUCCUCUUUGGAUUGAUCUGUUGAUAACUUUGCUUGACUGUGAAGGUGUCAGGAAAGUGAAAGAGCACAUAUUUAUCUUUAGGAACACUAAAAUACUGUCUGCAGAUGGCAUAACAACAAACAACUCCAAACAGAGAGCUGUAUGAUUUUACAAAAACACAAAACUGAGGAAAGCACAAUCUCAGCUUUAGGACAUCAGCUUUGUUAUUUACAACUUGACAACUGGUUGUGCCAUUUUGGAAGUUUGUAAAAAGUGAUCUAUAUUCAAGAGCUUAAAAUUAAUAUCCGAUAACAUGAGGCAGAAAUGUUUCAGUGUACAGAAGAAGAUCUGUAUUUCACAUAAGAGUCUAUGAGCUGACUGGUUUCGGUCGUUCUACAAGGGGGUCAUUUGAUUCCAGUUUGUAUUCAUGCUGUCUCAGGGUGAUGCAUUUGAUACAAACUAUGAACAGGUGCAUCCUGGGAUAGACUUUUGCGUUAAAAGAAAUUAAAAGAAAUUAACCCCCCCACACACACACACUUGUCUCCUUCCUCCUGGUGAAGGUGCCCUCCUCCCUCCAGAGACUCCUCCUCUGUUCAGGAUCUGACACUGUGUCUGAACCUUCAGUGUAAAUACGGCUGCGAAACGGGUCGACCUCUUCACUGCCGAGGGAAGUUAAUUUGUUGACGGGCGGGAAGGUUAGCAGGAGUCGCGCUCUCAGAGGUCAUUCAAUAAUCGCCCUGGGGCAAGAGCCCCCCAGGUGCAUUCUGGGAUGCAUUUUUCCGAUAAAUCGUUUACAGUGGCUGCGCAGUCCCUCGGGGCCCCCAGAUAAAGUUUGCCAAUCAAAAUGUUUUUUUCCAAACAACCACCUCACUGCUUCUCUCUCUCAUUUACACAUACACACACACACACACACACUCUCAAACGGUCUCAUACACACUUGCACAUACACCAUUCAGUCUUUAAUUGUGAAUUUAGAAAGAAGAUGUGACAGCAGCACACAGUUUUGUGCUGAAGUUUGAAAGCAGGAGUGUGGGGGCGGAUGGGAAGAAGGUAAAAGAUUGUGUGCAUUUGCAUUUGUGUGUGCAUGAGGGUGUGUGUUUAUUCAACUGCGUUUGCCAGUGUGCACAGGAGAAGGGGAGGGUGUCUUCCAACAAUAGCUUCCCAGCUUUGAUCGUCGGCCAAGGUUUUGAUGAAGAAAGUCACUGCACGUCUUUUCUCCAUGAUAAUUCCCCCCCUCAUCACCACCACCACCACCACCACCCCCCACACACGCACACAUGUAUUCUUCUAUUUCCAUGCACACAUACACACACAUUAACACAUCCACACAUACACUCCAACUCACUUGUUUAUUCGCCUGCACUCCUUCUCUGUAUUGACUUGUUUCAUAAGGCCCGCUACAUGACAGAAGGACUGAGUCGGGAGGCGCUGAAGAAGAAAGACUUGGCCACGCUCCAAGUUCCCUUUUUUCCAUAGGAGGCAGCCCUCCCUGGUGCCCCCACCCCCACUCUCCUGCCUGCACGGAGUUAUCUCAUCUGGGCACACAUUGGCCGUGGCUGGGCCUGCACCGGUACUGGCUGUGGAAGGGUAGACCAGGGAAUGUGGUGUGCCGCAUGCAAAGAAAUUGGCCUUUUUGUAGGGAUUUUAAUGAACAGUUUUUGAUGUUUCAAGAUGAAUUACAUAAUACCCAAAGCAAAAGCGGAAAAAGACCCCAAGCUGAUGUAUCUUAAAUAGAUAUUAAUUUUGGUGAAAGCAGGAAGUAGCAGGCAUCCAGAUAACAUCAAAGGGGGUUCUGUCCUGAAGUGCAAGAACUGCUCUCAGUUAUCAGGAAGCUUCCUGUUCCAAAGAACUCUGAAUUGUUUCUGUUUUAUGAACAAUGUGAGUUCAGACUCACUGGUGUUUAAUCAAGAAGUUUAACAGCUCUGUUUUCUGUUGUUACUCAAGUCAGUUUUGAGUCCUUACUCUGAAUGCAUGCUGAAGAAAACUGACAUCUUCUUUCUGUUCAAAGUUAGCUGACAAAAGAUGUUACCAGCCAACUCAAGAUCACAUACACACUCAAUCACACGCACACACACUAAACUCUGCUCAGCUGAUGUAUUAGCCACAUUAGCUCACUCUUUAGGGGAUUUGAGGCUUGCUAAUUGCCAGCUUGUCAUUUUAAUUUGCUCGAACACCCCCCUGCACACACACGGACAUACACACACACGACUUCUUUAAUUAAUUAAACAAGAGUCUGUGGUGACUUUGUCUGCCUGCAGCCUGGCCCAUGGACAGUGCUGCUGUCAGUGAUCACCUACACUUUCCAGAAAGCUUCAAAUUUGGUGUAUUCAGGUUAAGUAUCACUAAAACAGCAUAUACUUGCAUUUAUUGUAUCAAAUGAAAACAUGUUUCAGCGUGCAAGGCUGCCUCACAACAAGUCCUUUCCAUUGUGACCAUUUGACCCUGGACAUUAAACACCCCUGGCAUUCAAUACCUUCAUGUACAUACAGUACGAAGACACAAACAUGUGUGCACCAUUACCCUUUUACAACUAGACACCUCAAAUAGCAGUAAGGGUACAAAACCUUAGGCUUUCAUUAUUCAGCAGAGUCUUAAUGUACUCACAAACGCACACAAAAGCAUAAAUUAUCACCUACGGUUAAAAGGCCAAAUCUCAUGUUGGGUUCCUCUCAUCGGCUGAACACAAUGUGCAUCAGACAAAAGAUGAACUGUUCAAACUUGAAUGAAUGUGUUAUUGUAAGCACAACAUGGUUUAUAUCAGCGAUUGAACAGACUCUUUUGUUAAUUGUUCAAAAUUGCAAUGCCGAUCUGACAUAAAGUAGCAUGUGCUGAAAAUUAACUUUCUCAAGCUCAAGCUUUUUAGGUUAUUCUGUACACUCUCACACACAGGACUUUUGCAGCUGAUGGCGUUACAGAUCUGCAGUGACAGCUACAGUUUUUUUUCCAGCUCACAUAUCAGGGAGUAACUUAAAAAGUACUUUCCAUAGUGCUACAUGGCUAAUAAUCAAAUACAUAUUGAAGUAGAAAGAUGCUCUAUCUAAAAAAAAACAAAAAACAUUAUUACAGGGACACAGAAGGCCUAGCAGUCCAUGCACACGCCUCAGGUUAUAACCCGAAGUUUGAAUUUGACCUGCAGCUCCUUUACCACUCAUCACCUUCCACACGCCCUGUGUCCCUCUCUAUCCACGAUCCUGUCCUCUAAAAAUAAUCAAAAAGACAAAAUUUCACUGAUACAAGAUAAUGCAUAAAAGUAUAAACACAACAAAGCAAACAGCAGCUAAUUCUAUAAAACUACAUUUUUCCUUGUGACUGGGGUUUUUCUGCAUACAUUUCUUAAUUUUGCUGUUUUUCUCAUCUAAUAAUAAACUUUCACAUGUUUUGACAGGAGCUCUGACAGGGGGUCAGCUGGGUCCUGUUGAGCUGCUGCAGCAGCGGCUGCAUUGUGGUCAAGUCAGAGAUGCUCUGGGCAUCCUGGAGGCCAUGGACUGGAGCAUCAUGGGAGAUGAUUGCUACAGGGGCCUGAGCUUGAUCACCAACCACCUGCUGAGGCUGGAGUUGAACACAGAGCGAGAGGGUGGUGUUCUGGUUUAAUCAUUCAAGUUCAACAAAUUCACUAGUACAAUAGGUUUUAAUUCUGUGUUUGUUUCUCUCCUGUCUGCAGCCCAGCUGGAAGCUGUUUUGGGAGUGUUUUAUGCUCCAGCUGCCCCUCUUUCUGAUGUGGUGAUACUUGAGUACAGGGAGCCGAUCAGCAAGUACGCCCGUCGCUUUUUCCACCACCUCCUCAGGUAACUUUCAUUCUGUGCUGCUUUUCUCAUCUUCAUUUCUGCUUUUGUUUUUCCCCUAAAUUUGUUCAUAAAACUUUGACAGUUCAUUGGAUUAGGAAUGAAACAUCCCCCAGGAGAAAGAAUAUGUCUCCAAAUAAGAAAGAUAAAAUAAAAUUGACAUAUUUCACAAAUAAUUCUCAGUCUUAAAGGCUUUAGCAACAGUUAGUUCAUUUUUAUCAGCACAGGGUGCAGAAUCAGUGUAAGACACUCUGUUUCUUUCAGAAAAUGACAUCCAUUGAAGAUACAAUUUAAUACAGCUUAUUCGCCGCUCACCAUUGCUAUUUUAAGUUCUCUAAAAAGGAAAUAGCUUUUAUAUUUCUUCACACACACUGAUGCAGCUUUGAGUCAUUCAUAAGGCAAAGCACCCCACAUGCACCUGUUUAGACUGUUGUUUCAUUCUCCCUUCUGCCAUGAGAGCCUUUUGAAAUGCCUGUUUGACUGAAAUAGACCCUGUUGUUCCCACACACUGCUGCUUACCGCUCACCAUCAUGCAAUUACCUCCUAUUUCCUCGUCUCUCUUUUUUUCUCCUCCUCUGUAGCGGAGCUGGAGCGCUGUUUGGCAUCCCUCCUCCUCUGCUCUCUUAUCACCUACCUGCAUUCUUUUUCUCUCCAUCAACAUCAAAUGAAGGAAGCCCUCCCCGCAUCCCCCCUCUCUGCUCGUGUUUGUUUGUUUCAUGUUGGCUCCAGUCGAGUGAAAGUUGAGGUGUUUUGUGUGGGGAGAUAGAGCGCUCUCUCCCAGCUUUAAUAUUGGAUAAUAGGGACGAGGACUCACUACUCUCAGUUCAAUUAUUGACAGUUAGGAAUGCAGAGAUGAGUGUGGGAGGGUCGUGUUUGUUGAAAAAGGAAAAAUUUAAUAAUGAACCUACCCAUCAAUAAGUUUUAAUCCAAAAAAAAAUCUUUUUUGAAGCAGUUAUUGUGUUACUUUUCUAUCUGGAUGUUGUAUUCUCCUAAACUGUCUCCAAUUGUCUCAUUGCAGACAUCAGCGCUUCGAGAAGGCCUUCCUCAUUGCUGUAGAUUUAGAGGCCAGAGAUUUAUUUAUGGUGAGUAAAAAGAUAAUGUCUUUUGGAUUGCCGGCUUAUUUUAAAAAAAAAUUCAACUACAGUGCUUUUCUUAUUUUAAAUCAGUAAUGUAUCAGCAAAUACUGGGUAAUGAAGAGACCAAUGAAAACUGGAAAAUUUUCUCUUAUUAUUAUUCAAGCAUUUCGGUCUUUUUGGCUCCAUCAAAGUAUCUGUAGCUGCCUUAGAGCUUAGUAUGCCCCAAUAAAGGCAGUUAAAUUCUUCUUAAUGCAAUCGCCACCGGUUAUAGCUAUAAAAUAAUUCCUGUUUGAAAUUGCUGAAUGUCUGGGAACCCAUACUAAAAUCUACUUUUACAAUUGUUUGGAAAUUACACUGUCUCUGUAAAAGGCUGAAAACUUCACUUCAAACUGAGUUGUGUUCAAAAAUAGCACCGGAGUCACCUUCUCUUUAAAUCUUAGAUUCUGUAUCAUAAAAAACAAGCUUUGUUUAAAUUUUUCACUCACUGUUGUUUUAUUUCAUUCAUCAUGUGUGUGUGUGUGUGUGUGUGUGUGUGUGUGUGUGUGUGUGUGUGUGUGUGUGUGUGUGUGUGUGUGUGUGUGUGUGUGUGUGUGUGUGUGUGUGUGUGUGUGUGAUCUCAGUGUGGACCCCUAUCUUUUCACAACCUUUACGGCCUCGGUUAGGCCUUCUCUUUUCCUCUCCCAUCUCCCCUCUAACUCUGCCUUUCUUCCACUCCACGCUGAAAUGCUCUUCUAUGUGUUUGACCCCCUUUUUCACAGGGCCCCCCUUUUGCUCCAUGCUUCACCAACACCUUAGACAUUAAUACAGAGCCCCAUACACACACACACACACACACUCUCUCUCUCUCUCUCUCUCUCUCACACACACACACACAUACACACAGCGCUUGCUCCCUCAAUCACACUGAUAGCACUGGUUCCAAUUACCUUCCCACUAAGUAGUGCUGCUGGGAAGCCGAAUUGAAAAGGUGGAGUCAAGCCUGCGGACCUUGAAAGGGUGCAAAGGAAGGAGGGGGUGUGCAGGGAAGAGGGGGGCAUGGGUUGGAGGGAAGCUAUAUGAGCGAUGCAAAAAAAUAAGAGAGGUGAGGUCUUGCUUCUUGCUCUGUCACUGGGGAGGUGCUGAGAUGAGGCAGAGAGACACAAGAUAGAGGUUGAAUCACUUUUGUAAAUUAUGCCUCUGUGUAAAUGGACUUAGGCUGUAUUCACACUAAAGUCCAUCAAAACGUCUGAAAAUUUUCAAGUUGAGCUGCUUGUGUGAAUGCAGCUUAAUUUUUUGAGAGUGAGACAGCAAAGAGAAGGGACGAUUUUUUUUUUACCCCUGAGGAGGAGAGUUAGUUGUGAUGUACAAUAAUAAAUAUUUAAGACUUUAGAACUAGUGCUGGCAAAAAAAAAAUUCAGGAGGAGUAAUUUUCGUCUGAAAAAAUAGUGCAGUUAUUGGGACCUGUUGUUAACUUAUUUCCAAAAAAAAAUCUGAUACUUUUAUAUCAAAUAAUCACAUUGAAUCAGGAAAGCCAGCAGUUUUCCGCAAACCAAACCUACCACUAAAUUUUUAUUUUACUUGUAUAAAAUUAAUUCAAAGAAAUUUAAAAGACAGACUAAGAGAGCAUUUACAAACUCUUCUGUUGUCAUGAUAUUCCUGCAGAUACUAUAUCUGCAAAGACUGUCACUCCAGACCUUAGAGAAGCUUUUUAAUAUAUUGUAUUAUUAUAAUGUAUUUAUUGUUUUUACACAUGUAAUGAAAGAAUAGAAUGUCAAUUUUAUGAAGAAAGAGGUUAACCAUAAACAAAAAAGCUAAAAGAACACAAAUGCAGGUUAGGUUGAUACACAGCUCUAAAAGUUUCAUCAGUAAUGUGCAACAAGGUCAAGCAAGAAAACUACUCUGAUAGCAGCUCUCAGUGGUUCAAACAAGGGUUACCAUAUAUACGUUAAUACAUGCAAGCUACUCUAAUGGCCCUCCUCGGCUGCAGAGCACAGUCCCUGAGCCUGACACAGAUUGGAUGGUGAACAUUCUCAAGCACCUUUUUUGCCUCAGUGCCCAAGAGAGCAGCGACCCUCCAUUUGAAGAGUGACAGCUCGAAAGAGAGAGACAACAUGGAUGUUGACAUUUCACCCUUUGCUCUGUCCCAGACCCUAAUUAGGCUGUGUUGUUGCUUUAACCUGCUGGUUGGCUGAUUGAGUGGAGGUGGAGGGGGUUAAUGAGGGCGACCCCCACCCUCACCAAACUCUUUCGAACCUCAAAACUCGCCUGCAAAACUCAAUAACACAUUAUCAACCUGAGAAAAUGCACACUCGUGAGCACACGCAGAUAACAGGCACACCCUUGUUUCCCCUGGAACUGCCCAGCAUGAUAUACCCCCCUCUAUCACUAGAUCCCCACCCCCUUUAGGCCCCAUUGUUUCCCAGCAAACAAUAGAAGCCCUCCAAGCCUUUCUCCCCACAAAAAGAAAGCUUUUGUUAAAAUGAAACACUUUAGUGUCAGCCUAAAUUGAGGGGGUGGAGGACUUGAUGGUAGGGGGGUGUUUUUGUGGAGGUGGAGGUUGAGGAGGUAGUAGAAGUAGUAGGGGGUUACUGAGUCGUUUGCAUUUUUAAACCUAAUUGGUGCAGCUUGUAGCUCCCUAAUUAGCCUUUGAUAAUGAGUUGAUAAUGUAACCAAUUAGGUCAUUCGUUAGCCAAGUCAAGCUGACAAGUUUUUUUUCUCCACCCGUUUCCCUCCUGUUCUCCUUCCUGGGUCUUUUGCUCUUGAUGUAGCUUAUUAAUUAAAUCAAACUGUGUGAUAGUCAAAUCAGAUGCGGGCUCUUUUGUUCCCUGAUGAAGGCUUGUACUGUUUCUCGUUAGAUACGCCAGCAGUAAGGCGAGCUGUGUCUUCUGGGUUCCUCUUCUAUCUCCCUCUGCUAUCUGACACAGAGUUUAGAGGUGAUGGAGGGAGAGGAGGAUUUCAUACUGCACAUCUUCAGCAAUGAGCUCAUUGUUGUUGCUUAGAUGAGUAAUUAGUGUUUCUAAAUUGUUGACUCCUUAACACCUAUCUGAUAGAAGUGAUAGUCAAACCAAGGGCCUCCUGGAUAACAGGUGUGUUACAUAGUUGCCAUGUCCGCGUAUCAUUUUGAGUGACUUUGGGCCUCUUUUUCUCAGGAGUUGCUUGUAACUCAUAAAUCCCAGGUUGCGUUUUUUUUGGGGCUUGUUUUUAACUAGUAGCUGCUUAUUUGGGCUUGCUGUUCCAUCUGUGUGAAUCCCCCCUGAUUAUCUCACAGCUCCCCCCACAAAAGCAAAGCAAAACACAAGUGCAAUAAGUAGUUUGUCCUUUCCAGACCACAGUCUCCUGAAUCAUGCCCACUCAAGUUCUUGGCACACCCCCUAACACACUCACACAGCGCAUCAUGCUAAUGUUCACCAGAGUGAUAGAGAAAUGAGGGAGGAGAGAGAGUGAAAAUGAGUGGCAGUAAGUGGGGAAGAUAUGAAAAAAAUUAAGUUUUCAACCCAAACCAUUUUCUUUUAAUCAAUGUUUAAAAAGUUAAGUUAUUCAAAGAGUUUAAAUUAUUCAAAGUUUUUAUGUUAACUGUGUUUAUCAUAAUUUGCCCUCGCUAAUGCAUAAUGGUAUUAUAAAAGUACAGGGUUUUCCUUCCUUUUCUUGAUCGUAAUUGAUCAGCAUAUGACCCCCCACCCCCCUUGUGGGAAACACUGAAUGUAUGUACUGUAUUUUUACCAUUAACCAGCAGCCGUUGUUUUACACAAUGUGGCAGGUUGCCUGUUGGGCUUAUUUCUUAUUUUGGGCUGGUUGCUUGUUUCUCACAUGAGAUCUGGCAACACCGGUGUGUUAGAAAACUAGUCUGUGUCUGUGUGUGUGUACAAACAUAUCAAGUGCUCUAUUGUCCUGAGACUAUUCCUUAAGGUUAAGUAAUAUUGCUCCAUGCCCAUUCAAUAAUACUUAGUGUAAUGCUGCAUCUAAACUCCCUCCACCAUAUUUAAAUUCAGCCACAUAGAAUAAAAAACAAAGCUAACUGUACCUCAGAUUCAAACACAUGACUCCAGUAGGUACUUCAGUAAUGUGCAACAGGAGCAAACAAGAAAAUCCCUCUGAUGACAUUUCUAUAUGGUCCAGAUUAGGGUUACCAAAUAAGUGUGAAUACAUGUGAGGUACUCUCAUGGGACCUGAUCCAAGAGCACGAUCUGCAAACAUAACUUAGAUUGUUUAACAAGCAUUCUCAAGCACCUUUUUUGCCUCCGUGCAUAAGAGAGCAUCAACCCUCCAUUUGAAGAGUGACAGCUAGAGAAAGAGAGACAACGUUGAUGUUGACAUUUAAGCCCUUGCUUCAUGCAUUUUUCCUCUGCCGGUAAAAGGAAAAGUGCAGUGAACAUUUGGAGACAAUUAUCCUCUGUGAUUUGAAAGAAUGUGGUCAUUGCAAUUAUAUAUUAUGUCUCUUAUGCAUUCAUUUUUUAUGAUACUAACAACUACUCCAUAAUGAAUAAUAAAUCAUGAAUAAAAAGAUUGAUAAAAAAAAAUAAAAUCUUAAAAAAGACUAAAGAUAAAUCUUAGACUCCAAACCACAAGAUAUUUUCUUAUAUGGCAAGAAAUAUACUGUAAGUCAGAAAAAGAACUGGUUGCAACAGGUUGUUGGACACUGAAUGGUGUAUAUGUACAAGUUUAUAAUAUACAUCAAUCUCAGUUAAUUCACCAAAAUCUCAAGAAUGAAUACAGACGCUUCUCAGAACACAAAUGAAGUAAGAGCGUGAACACUGACAGUGUUUGAGGAACAUAAAAAUGAUGUUCAGAAACUACUGGAUGCUGAAGCUUUAGCCUUUAUUUUGCAUCAGUUAUUAAUAGUUUUAUAUUUGCACAUAAUGCCUAAAGAGUGCACAAGUACAAGAUGAACACUCACAUCUCUACUGUCUAUUACUCCUGUUUUACAGGCUACAGACUCACUGACAUGUGUUUUAUUUGAUCCUAUCUGUUUAUGUGUCCUCAGUGCUUCCAUGUGCCAUUUAUUCUAAUCCCUCAUUUAUUUGGAGGUAACUCAAAUAUCAGUCAAUAUCAGGGCUCUUCGCAUCCGUCAACACCAAUAUCCCCCCUUCCCCUCCUUCCUUUCCUCCCCUAAAAUGGUCCACUAAAAUGCCCUCUUUAUCAGGCUCUGCAACCCUUAAAGCUCUUAUAUAAAUAAGAUUAGUGUCGCGUUUGAGCAUCAGGAAAUAAGAGGUGUAAUAUCGUAAUAUCUGAUGGUUUUAUAUGCAGUAUUAUUGUUAUCCCUUCUUAGUCGGGCUGAUACUCCUCUUUCCCUCCCUCUCUCUCUCUCUCCCCAUCAGUUCUCUCUCCUUUAUUCCACAUUUGUUUAUUCUUCGCUAGGUCCCUCUUUCCAGAUUCAGACAGAAUUAUGAGGGGCUAAGGUAGAAUAAAGCACCCCGCCAUCAGAUGUUCAUGUUGUCCUAUUCUGUCUAUAUCUCUCAAUGCACUCUCUCUCUCUCUCUCUCUCUCUCUCUCUCUCUCUCUCUCUCUCUCUCUCUCUCUCGUAUAGAAUCCCUUUUGUAAAUUAGGUCCUCUUAACAUCUCUUAUGUCUGUUCUUCGUCUCAUGCUCUUUCUCUUUUACACACACCCAGCUCUCGACUGUUUCGCUGUAAUGCUUGUACUCCUGCUUGGUGGUUUCAAUCUUCUGCUUCUCUGUUUGUUAUCAAUUGGGAAGACUCACUCCUAUCUAAUUGACGGCCGUGUCCCGUGAAUUAGCCACCUCAGUUCUGGGAGCCGAUUUAGGUUCUUUUGAGGCCAUUUUGUUGGGGCCAUUUUCACAUUUCCUCCUAACUCAUCGCCACAGAGAGCAGGCAACACACUAUAAUUACCCAAUCUGUUCCCAUUCAUACUCCUCAAUUUCAGCACCUCUCUCUCUCAUACUCUUUUAUUCCCCCUCUCUUCCCCUGCCUCAAUCUCUCUCUGUUCCCCACCUCUUUUGGAAGCCAGCAUCCCCCUCCUCAGUUUUUUUUUUUUUCCUCUUGGGGUACAAAAGCAGGGUGACAAUAUGGGGGUAUUAGAGCCGGGUGCAGGCUCAGCUGGGGGGAGGCUUUAGCCAGCUGAGGGUUAUCCACAGCAAGCCCUGAGUCACGGCACUGAUGUCCUGUGAUGUCGCUGAGGCGGAAGACUUUCCUUAACACGCUGUAUCCUUUGAUGGACCCUCAGACCUUGCACUCACCCUGAGGAAACCCCUGCAACUCUGAGGAGACCCUCCUUGGGUGCCAGGUUGAGGGUGUGAAUUCACUCUGUGUCUAAUCAGCUAAAGAGGUGGUUGAGAGUAGCAGAGAUUCGGCUUUAUUUGCUCCUUUUCGGAAUUGUUAGUUUACAUUGAAUUACUUUUAUUGAUUCACAUUUUGUAGAUUUGACUUCUUUGGCGCUGUCCUGGUUUUCACUUACUGAAAGACGUUCACACUGGGAGCUGACCAGUAGAUUAUCUGUCCUUACAGCUGGUUAUUGACAGGGUCCACAGGGGAGAUUUAGGAAACAUGUUGAUUUUUGUCAAGGCUGUGUUGUUUAUUUUUCUCAGUGACCUUUCUGCCCCACCUUAAUAUACCAUUGUGCUGCUGCUGCUGCAUCAGUUUGUUCUUCAGACAAACAGAUGCAGUUUCUGUGUAGUUGACUGUUUCGGAUUAUACACGGAUGUAUUACACUGUCUGCUAUUUAACCCUUUGUUCUAAAUUGGAAAUCUAUGGCCCAGCAGAAUCUAAAUCACUGUCUUUUCUAAAGGUGUAUUAUCCUAAUACAACUUAAUAGUUUUAAGAUACAGAUUUGAAACAUGCAUUUUCCUAGAUGUCAUAUUAUUACUUCAGUUUUUUGCUCUCACUUUUCAUGCAUAGAUGCUCCUCAAACCUGAUAAGACUGAGGAUGCAGCAUAAAUAAUAUACCUAACGAGACAAAUACGAUGUUGAUCGUAUUGAAUCUUGUUAUUUCUAACAUAGAUUUCUUUUUUUCUCAGGGUUUGAAAUCCAUACAUUGACCUCAACUUUGAUUGUAGCCCAGAGCACCUUGAAACUAGUGCAGCAGUCUGAGUGUGAACAUUAAUAAAAUAAAAACCAGCCAUCCUCAGACAUCAUUUAGUAAUAUUAUCUCUUUUUAUGACUGGGAAGACUCAAACAGGGAGAUACAGAGGAUACAUGCUGUUUCCAAUAUUUUCACAGGCUGAUAUCGUAAUGGGCUCUGCUGGAUAUGUUUCUCCGCAUAGAGAGAAUACCAACGUCUCUGAAAGGUGAACAGUCCGUCGCCUCUUCUUCUACUUUUGAAAUGUGACAGAUAACAUCCUCCUUAGUUCAGACUGUAGAGACGAGGGUCUGUGUGUGUAUAGGUGUGUGCGCAUGUGUGCUGGGAGGGGGCUGGGGGCUGAUUUCAAAGUUUUUGGAGGAACCGGCAUUUCAUCCAGCCGGUGCUCUUUCUGAUGUCAGGCUUCAAACAGCUCAUUUUUUUCCUGUCAUUUCAUGUGUUUCCUCUGCCCGCCCAAACACCCCCCCUCCAAAAAAAGUCCUAUUGUCAUCGAAGCCUAGAUUCAUUUUAGAUUAACGCUCAUGUUUCUUUCUUUCUUGCAUUACCUUCAAAGGACCUCCAUUAUGUUGCCAGCGAUAAGGGCGAGGUGGUUCUCGCGGAUGUGGCCAAGAGGAAAGCUAAUGAAAUCGAGGCCCAGGCCAUCACAAGCAACGGUAAGGAAAUAAUCAUAAUGUCUAACUAAAAAGACACCAAAUGUGAGUCGUUUUUUCUUUUCACAUCUGAAAUGUGAGGUGGACUUGUGAUAACCUCAUGAACACACCCACUCCCACACUUUUUGUCCUCACACCAGGCAUUACCGCAGGCCCUCACUCUCAUCCAGGAGCAAAAAGGGCAAUGUGACAUAAUCAUGUUUAACAGACAAAGAUUUAUAUUUAGGUAAACAUCAUUACUUGCAAUGAUUAGAAGUCAGCGUGUUUUUAAAAUCACAUUGAAGGUGAAAAAAAUUGAACUCUUCUCUGUCAUCACCUCCUGCAUGAACAUAUUUUUCAGUUUAAAGAGUCUGCAUCAAGACUGUGUUGGAUGUAAACAGUUUUAGAUUCACUUUCUUUAUAAGAGUUUGUAGCGUUUGAACUUGUUUCAAACAGAGUGUUUAUUUUGGAUGAAUAAAUUAAAUUUAAUCUGAAUUUGUGGAGUAAUCAGCACAGAGAGAGGAAAACCAGCAAAGGCCCUUUUUUUGUCAUCACUUCAGGCUGUGCUGCUGCCCUUUGACAAACACUCCCCACAGCACAUACCAGAGGGGAUCAAGCCGGGUUCCCUGAUUACACACACACACACACACACACACACACACACACACACACUUGCAUGCAUUCACACGCACACACAUACAAGUAAUUCCUCAAAGAGGCUCAAGGGCCAACGGGUGAGCAGAAAACAUUCAAAUUUGUGAGGGAACUAGAUGAACAUGUCUGAUGAGUCCUUCAAUGGUGCUUAAAACACACCAGAAGGCAAUGCGCUGUAGUGUGUGUGUGUGUGUGUGUGUGUGUGUGUGUGUGUGUGUGUGUGUAUGUGUGUGUGUGUGUGUGUGUGUGUGUGUGUGUGUGUGUGUGUGUGUGUGUGUGUGUGUGUGUGUGUGUGUGUGUGUGUGUGUGUGUGUGUGUGUGUGUGUGCACUCAUACAAAACCGAAUGAGGCUGGAGAGGUAUUUAACUCCACUGUAUAAGGUCAAACCCCUGAGGCUGAGUGUCUGUGUGUUUGUGGGUGAAUAAAAAUGAGCGUUUGUGUAACUGUGAGGCCUGUCUACACGCAGCUCCGCUUUUUUUCUUAAUGUGAUUUGUAACACGCACACUCCUCCUCAUAAGCCUCUUAAUUAUGUCCUCGAUGAUUUACCUCCACCACCUGCAGCAUGUCCUAUCCUUGGACAACAGCACUGCAGAGAGGGAGGGAGGAAGGGACAGAGGAGAGAAAGAAAAAGGUGACAGCGGUAAGAAAGUAGCUGAAAAAAUAUAGGAGGAAUAGGGGAGAAUGAAAACAGAUAUUCAAAGUGCAAGAGCAAGACAGUGAAGAAAAGAAGAGGAAGAAAUUAAUGAAGUGAAUAGAUUACCAAAGAAAAAGCUAUUGAGCAAAUAAUGCCACAAAAAGACAUUUGAAGGAUGCAGACAUAUUGGCUUGUUGCCUGCUCAUUUUGUAUUGAGCAAAAUUUCACGUUUUGUCUGGUAGCCUGUGAUGAUGCCAUAAUGAACUGAGUAUCAAGGAAAAUCCUGAUCAGUUCUGCUAUAUCUGGAAAACAAAUACACACUAAGAAGUACAUCAAUUUACAAUUUUUUAAUAACAGUAAUAAUUAGUGAGGGAAAGUGUACAAUCAGUGACUGUAAGUUUGAUGUUUUUACUGUCCACAUCCUGAGCAUCAACCAGGACUGAGAUGACAGUAAUAGAACCAGCUGUUCCCUUUUAGUUUGUUAGUCUUUAUUUUAAAGUGGUUUUUUAUUCAGGCAUUUUUGCUUUUUGGAGUGGGGAACCUCUGCUCCCAGCUCUAGUUGUCUUUAAAACUAUGUGUUAUUGAUCAGGUUUUACUGGUUAAAUAUUUGCAUAAAUGAAGGCAGAAUACGAUGGAUGCCCUCCAACUGUUCUCAGUUAUUAAAAAGACUUAACAACAGAGUGGAGCCAUUCCUUCGUAUUUAAGUGUUGAUUUUGUAAGCAUAGACUGUAUACACUAUGGACAACUUGGCUCCGCCUCCUGUCAUCACACGAAUUUGAAGCCAAAUUGCUCUCUGUAUUUCUGUGAUUUUCUCCACUUCCUGGAACCACCACUGGCGCAGCGUUGUACACAUUUGGCAGGAGAGUCGCUGUGAUGACGCUCGGCUCAAACAGCGUAUUCCCCCAGGUGAGCUACGCAAUCUUCAUAUGCCCAUAGGUUGUAUCAAAUGUCAAUCAUAGGAAACAUUAACCCCCUAAUAACUUUUAAAAAUGGAGCUGCACAGAAAAAAGAGGACUUGACCACAAACCAGUCUUACAGUAACUACAUGUCAACAUCACAACCAGGGGGGAGAAAAAAUUACAUUCUGUGAAAUUAAUUUCUAAAGUUUGUCCACAGCUCCAUAAGGAUUGCUGGAGGAGGCGGGAUAUUAUGACCUAUACUGCAGCCCGUCACCAGAGGGUGCUUUUCUCGUAGUGGCUUCACCCAGCAAGGAGGCAAACGCUGUCCAUUUUAUAUACAGACUAUGAGUGAAAGAGAGAAGUAAUGUUGGAAAAUAGCAAAUUUAUGAAAUGGACAACAAGCACAUCAAAGUAAAGCUGUAGGUAUUUAUAAACCAUCGACAUGCUAAAUGCCAAAUGCUUGACUGAAAGUGUGUGAGAAAACACUCACACACACACAUCCUUAAGAGAAAUAUUGACAGUGCAACCACCAGUUGUGGUGUGUAUGCAUGUGAGUGUCCCGUUCUCUGUACAAUAUGUUAACAUUUAGUCAGGCAGACAGAGCAUAUUAACUGCAAAGAAAAGGCAGGUCAUUAAUGAUGUAUAGCUGUCAACAUGCAGAGGGCUCCAGUGGACAGCUGUCUCACUUUACAAACACAUGCACACACAGUAUGGCAAUCACAAGCCCCUCAGAUCCACAGGACACAGCAGUUUUAGGAUUUUUUAAUAAUCUCAUUAAAAAGUUCAUAAAUAGAAAACUGAAGAUCUGAAACCGUCUGUCGCACUGCACAUUUCAAGUGAAAAUAACAUCAGAAAAGAAGAAGAGAGCUCAUGCAGGAAUAUUUAUGUUGACUUUUCUUUCCUCAUUCAGUUCUCCUUCUUUGUAGAGCUUUGCAUUUGAUACACCUUUAGACGUAAAUGAGGCUACUGUGGUUACUUUGAUCAGUGUGACUUCUGUCUCUGUAUUAUAUAAUGUGCACAGCUUGUGUUUUCUGUAACUUGAAAAAGAUCCUUCAGGAUGGAAAGUGCCCAGAGCCUCUAUGCAGAGUGGAAAUGCGCUGAACUCCUACACUCAGACAUGUAUGAUCUGGUUCUCUCUCGCGCUGCUUUUACUAUUGAGAAAGAAUCGCUGUUGUUAUGGGCUUUAGAUAAUCAGAAUUGAGUUUUUAAAAUCGUUAAGAAACCAGAAAAAAGUCAGUAUCAAACAACAUCAAAGUUAGCCGCAGAGGUAUAAGAGUCCUUAAUAUUUUCAUAAAUCUCUGAUGCUGUUUUUAAAUGUUCUUGUUGCAAAUGGAGAUAUUUCAGACCAAGGUCUCUAUGUCUUCGAUGACCAGCCUUCCCUCCAAAAUGGCUAUGAAUGCCAGCUCAUUGCGUUGCACCCUGACUCCCCUCAAAGGGAAAUAUGAGAAUAAGUAAAAACACAAAAAUAAAAAAAACAACGGCUGUGUUUUAAAGGGUUACCGCCCACUUUCUGUCUGAGCAUACAAAGUCCCUCUAAACUGACAAAACACAGACAUGUAUAAACAGUUACUUGCUUUUCUGACGCAAGUUCCCACAGUGCAGCUGCAGACACUUUCUGUUUGAACACACACAGAAGGCCCAAAUAUGUUUGUUUUCCAUCAUAUUCACACACUACAUAUCCCAUUCAGAGUGGCCCUCGGAGACAUAUGUGUUUGUGUAAAUAUGUGUACUGUAUGUGUGCAGUUGGGUGUGACAUGAGAGGUCAGUCACUUUGAAUCCUGUAUGCAUUUGUAGUAAUCACGUGUUUAACACAUUGUGAAAGCAGCGGGUCAGCUUCUUGUUUACCUAGUAUAUGACAGCAAAUAGAUGUACGCAAACUCUUCUCUGCUGGUUUCUAAAUCCGUGGGACCGAAUCUGAUGCAUUGUUUUUGUUUUGUUUUUUUGUUUGUUUUUUGUUUUUUUAAUGUGAAACUGACUGUAACAAACAAACAAUAACAAAAAAUCAACCGGCUCUGCUUUUCUAGAGGGGCAAGAGUAAAAUCAGCUGAUCUAGGACCUCACAACUUUAGAUAAUUUUAUUUUACUCAGAGAAAAAUGUAGAAAAAGGUCCAUUUACAUUGGGAAAAGACACAUUUGAAAGGAGGGCAGAUGUUUUGCUAUUGUUUAGAUGAUUUUUUUCACUCGUUUCCAAAAAAUGACUCAAUAGCAGAUCUUGUGUUUCCUCAAGGUGGAAGUCUUUUUGGAUGCAGCGAGACUGAGAAUCAGAUUGGGCAGAGACACUGCAUUUCUAUGCUCCUCCUGUCAUAUUCAUGUGCCUCUUUUUGUGAACAGAGAGACUGCUUUCACUUGUAUACACACACAUAAGUACACAAAAGAGAACACACAUUUCAGCUUAGGUAUGGUUCCUUUUUAUAACAGCAUUAGAAAUCGCUUAUAGCUGUCUGGCUGACAAGUGUGUUGAUUCAGAGAGAUACGGCAUUGUGAGAGGCAGAGUGGCGAACAAGUGCGAGGGAAGGCCUCUUUCUCUUCCUCUCUAUCUGGUUUCUCUUUGGAGAAGCAUUUGCCAGGAGGAGAAGCCAAGUUGGUUCCCUGAUCGUUCUGUCUCCCCCUCACAAAGGCUGAUGUGGCUGCAGGGCCUUUCAAUGGGCAAAGAGACAAGAGCUUUAUCUGAAGAUCCACUUCUCCUCCUCCUCCUCCUCUCUCUCUCUCUUUCUCCUCCUCGUUCCUUUUCUUGGUCGUUGUGCUUAAAGCCUGUUAGCUCCGGUGUGUGUUGAUGGAAAGCAGCGUUUGUUCGUGUCUCCCCUCAGCUCCAUUGGUCGCUCUGUUCACACAACCUCUAUUACUCUGUUACUUCCUGUUUCAAUUCAUGACAUCUUUAUCAGAGAAAUCUGACUUCCAAAAUAGCACACAUGAGAGUCAGUGAACUUUUCCCGACCACGAGUGUCUGCUUCAAAGUGACUCAAGAAGUUGUUACACUUUGGACAGCGCAGUCCUGAAGGAUCUUUGCCGGGUUUUCAGCAUGUUCAUUGAGUAGAUCGCCCAGCAUUACUUUUGUCCAGAAGGAGAUACACAGUCCAUCUUCCGGCAUUGAUUUUGACAAAGUGUCUGUUGUUUUUUCACUUAAUUUUCUUCUGUGUUAACUUUGUCUGUGUGUAUGUUCAUGUCCUAGAAGAUCCUCCAAGACACAGCAGUAGCGUGAUGUGUGAGUCCCGCCCUGGGGACAGACAAACACAGAGGAACCAGAGUGCAACAAGAAUUUCUUUCCCAGGCACUCCCACAACAACACAGUAAGUUACAUGUAACGUGUUUUUCAAGGCGUCAUGUAUUUUGGUGCUGUUGUUUGUUGUUUGUUUUUCUGUCUGCGAGACGGUCUAAAUAACCACCCCAGACCUCGGUUAGAGGUUGUAGCAAGAAAGUACUCACCUGAUCCUGCACUCAGCUUAGUAAAUCUGAUCAUAGCUGAUCAUGAGGAGACAUUGGUCGUGUUUGCACACUUGGAUGUUAUCCUGAACUCUUUGUUUCAGGUCACCAUUACCAGCUCCUGAGGGAAAUACUUAAAUAAACUAAAAACCAUGUGAGUCUUUAAAUGCUUGACACUCCCCUAUUCUCACUAGCUAGUCUCUGGAUGUAUCUGUCUACGAUAUGUUGUUUAAAAGGAAGUGAACUUUGAGUUAUUUUAGUUAUUUUAUUGAAGGCAGAUGCUCUUUGAUGGCAGCCAUUAUGAACCACAAAGUUUCAGCUGCUCACUUAAGUAAAAACUAAACAUCAUUUUGAGGUUUUGGUUAGACAGAGUCAAGCAGCAAGUCACCCAUUUCCAAUCAGUUUACAUUGUCAUCAUUAAAAUAUCAUUGAGAGCCACUUUAAGAAAAGCAAAUUAUUUGGUUGAACUUGCUAUAAUUGAAUCCUCAGACCUAUCUUGUGUGCAGAUGAUUUUCUGUGAAACUUGUUUCCUCCUCUCCUUCAGUGAUUCACACUGUCUGUCUGUGUAUGAACUGCAUGAGAGCAUCUCUGGCCAAAUGGCCCAGUUGCAGCCUAAAAGCCUUCACUCCCGGUGACAUUUCAAAUGUCAAAGCCACAUCGGUUACGGGUCUUAUGCUUUCCAACACUGAACCCAGAGCAACAUUUAAAAACUCCACCAAGGGUCCAUUUUCACCCUGUUUGAGUCUCUGGAGUGCAGACUAAACUCGCUGUUUGCGAGUGAUUGUUUAAUACACUUGUCUUUGUGAAUGACAUGUUGAAACAGUGUGACUAAAGACACGCUGAAACCACCCCCCUCUGUUUCAUACAUACACAAACAUACACACACAAAUAGAUACAUACAUAUACAGUAUAUCCCGCCAUGUCUCUAUUAUUGUAGGAGGAGGAGGAGGGGAGUGAUGGAGGGGCAUUCCUUGUCAUACCCCGACUAACAUAUUGGAGUAUUUAUAUGGGAUUUGUGUGCAUUAGAUAAAAAGGCGCUCUUGUUCUUUUCAUCCUCAUAGGCUUUUCAUGGCUGUUUGACUGUAACACUGAUGACUCUCUGCCUUACACCCUUCCACUGUGUUUCUCUAAGCCCCCUCCAUCCAUCCCAAAUCCCCUCCUAUCAGCCAAUUUAAACAAGCCGGGUCCAGAGAGAGAGAGAGGGAAAGAAACAGAGAGAUGCUCCAUCCUAAGCUCUUUUUAAAAACAGUGAAAAGAGGAAGUGGAGAGAAGAAAAAAAGUGUUAAAGAGUGUUAGGGCAAUUUGGCAGCCAAACACCCGGUCGCACUACCCCAGGUCUUCCCCUGCACUGCUGACAGAGGCUAAGAAAGCUGAUCCCCAAACCUCCCAAAAGAUAAUAGCCACAGAGAGAAACAGACAAAAGCAUCUGCCUUUUAUUCUACAAUUUUCCCCCUCCUUUAGAAUAUUUUUCAUAUUGACGCCCCCCCGCCCCCCUCUUUUUUUGUAAUCUGGUCUCCGAUGAAGUUUCAUUGUUUGUCAUGUGGAGCCAAUGACAGCUUAGCUGAGAUGGAGUAGAGGAGGCAUUGUAGUGCGGGCGUUCUCGUGUUUGGCUCACUGAGAAAAGAGCAGAGACAGAGAGGGAGGCUAACACAAUGGCAGUUUGGGGGCUCCUCGUCAAUCCCCGCAUCCCCCAAAUCCAACUCUGAAGUAAGAGAGAGAGAACAAGAUGGUAAUCUGGGAAGCAUCCUGAUGUUUCUUUGGCCUCUCAGUCAUCAUACACUGACUCUUCUGUAAGAGGAGUGAGGAGAAAAGAGGCCAGUUUGUUGUUGCUUGGCAGAGGCAAAGUUAGUUCGUUUGAUGCCGUUACCAAAAAUGGUCAAAGCAUUUUAUGUUCCUUAUUUUAACUCACAGUUUUAAUCAUGUGUAAUAUCUGUGAGCGAGACAUAGUUCAGCGUCUGCUGCUCUUGCUAUCAAAGGGCAUUUGCUAUAGCCAGAAAUGAAGAUUGAGAUAACACGAAGUUAUGAGUUCAAAUAACUUACAGUACUUAGAUGUUGUCUUGUCACUGUUGCCUACUGUCUUAUCAGGAUGUAGAGAAUAAGUUUGUCAUAGAAAUCUGCCUCACAUGACCUUGAACAGUCUAGUACUGAUGAUCACUGAGCUUCACAGUUUUGUGGGUUUGAAUUGAGAUUUCUCUCACUGAAAUAGGUAUGUAUGUUAAAUAAGGAUCCCUUUCCUGCCAUUGUUGUGUUAACUUGUAGUUAUACUCCAAGACUAGAGCUUAACAGUGCAAUCAGAACAUCCUGGCUAACUAACCAUUAAUCCCCUUGCAGUGUUCAACUGGGUGAAGUUGAUGGAUCUAAAGGUCUUAACUAGCCGUUUUCUCCCUUGAAAUUAAAGCAUGUUGUCCCAACUGUGUUGAUUAGAAUUGAGUUUGAUUCUGAUGAACUGCAGUAUUGUUCUUUAUAAGCUGACAAACUCUCCCUCUUGUUUAACUAUUUUACCUGGAUUAGCCACUAACACAGCUAUUUCUGGCAUCAGAGUUUCACAGUUCUUACAGAACAGCCACGCUAAAACAAAUAUUGAUCUUGGGGAACAUGCUGCAUUAGUAUGGAUUUAACAGCUCCAGUGAAUUUAAUCCUACAGCAUCAUAAAGUAUAAUAAAACACUGGUGGGAAAUUACCUUAAUAUCUUCACUUAAGCCCAGGUACUACUGAGAGUUGCAUGAAUGGCACACUCACAAUUGAAUGAGAUGUACUUAUUCGGAGUUUUCAUCGAUCCUUCAAACGCCUCUGCGGCACACACUGCAGGAUCAAAUUGAAACUUGGGUUUAACUAACAGUAAAUCAAAAGAAAAUUGAUGUUGUAUUCCUAUUUUUCUUCCACAUUUGCAAGCACAACUCAAGGAGAAGUCAAAUAAGGUACAUGAAGAGAAAGUUGGAGCACUGACUUCAAUAAAUUAGCCCUUAACUAUAUGUUCAAAUCUAGCUGAAGCUGCUACAUGGGUUGCUGCCUUUAUUUAAAGUGUAAAUACAGUAUAAAGCUUAUAUUCUGUGCUGUAUUUUCACAAUCAGUGUGAACUCAAAAACACCUGACUGUUUUCUCUCUUUACCACAGGACUGAUGAAAGAGCAGAUCAGAGGAGACCUCGCGAACAGAGCAUACAUGUGACUGUGAGCCCAGAUGUGUUCAGGACACUGAGACAAGCAGGUCUGUCUGUCUGUCUGUCUGUCUGUCUGUCUGUCUGUCUGUCUGUCUGUCUGUCCGUCCGUCCGUCCAUCUGUCUGUCUGUCUGCCUUUCAUCAGGGGCCUGCCUCUCUGUUGUAUCUGUGAAGAAUUAUCAGCCAAGCUUACCAUGUCUUUGUUAAAGUAUCACGAGAAUAUAGAUAGGCAGAUUGAUGACUGCUGUAUCAUAGCAACCCUUAAAGAAAUCUCAUAAAUCAGAAAACUCUAGGUGUUCAACGUAAACGUAAAAAUGCUGCACAUAUGAAACAAAUACAAUAAAGGCCCAACAGAGUGUCUCACAAGUUCUAAUAAACUGGGUGAUUUUACUUUGGUUUUGUGAGUUUUGUUGAGAAAACUAUAAAUAUGAAUCGUUUUAAAAACCUAGGUGUGUGGGUUUUAAACUAAGUGGUCCCACCAGCCCUCUUAAACCAGGUCUUUUUUUCUGCUUUCGGACAGCACCUUCAGACUUUGGUAGCUACUGCUAGCAUUAAACACACAAAGCUAUAACAGAACUGUUAGCUGCUGAGUUGCAUUGUGGGUAAAUUUCAAAACAAGGUAGGAAGUAGACCGUACAGAUUGAAAAGGACUGAUUCUUUCAUUGAUGAUUCUCAUCUUUGAAAAUAUUCUGCAGGAACUGUCAAACAUAGGACCUGUGCUCCAUCCAGAAACGUAUUCAUGGAUACUAUCGACUGCUGUGCUCACACGCUCUGAACUUGGUCUCUGUUCUUUGAUGUGCUUUAUACCUUACCAAUACUGAAAAUACAUUUGGAUAUAUGUCCUUAAAACAGCACUUCCAUAACCAUAGAGCUUCCUUUCAUUUCCUCAGAACCACAAACCUGUUUCCUCGUUGUUCGUACCAUGUGACAGAGAGUCAGCCCUUCUUAUUAAAUCGACUCAUGUUCAACAUGUUGGUUUCAGGUCACGUUUUUAAGCCUUGCAGCAAUCCUCCCGUGACAUUUAGCCUGUUUUACUCUCUAAACAUAGUCUGAGUGCUGUCCUCUGCAGGUCUCAGAUGUCUGAGAUGACUAACAGGUCAUUAAGGAAAAACAGCCAUUAACAAAACCUCUUCCUCCUUGUCUUCAUCUCCCCGUCUCCUCCUCCUCCUCCUCCUCUCUGCUCUCACCAUUUUAAUAAUUUAAUUUUUCGGGUGAUUAGCAAUUGUCUCACUAUCAAAUCGCCCUGUCAUUUAGUAAUCCCGACUGUAGGCUAUAGAGGGGAAUUUGCAUCAGCUUUUUCAAUAUCAGUUUAAGGCACGCCGGGUUUUAAUGUCAAUCAUAACAUUAUUAACUCACAGCUCAGAACAGGAAGAUCAUCGUGAGUGACAAUGGUUUACAUUCACUAAAACACAGAAAAGCCAACAUGUCCGACCCUCUGAGUGAGCAUGUAACUCACCCAGGCAUCACCCAGUGUGUGUGUGUGUGUGUGUGUGUGUGUGUGUGUGUGUGUGUGUGUGUGUGUGUGUGUGUGUGUGCUGCAGGGCUGCUGUGUGUGAUUAUGCAUGUCUAAUGUUUGGUUGUUGUACUUGUUGAAAGUGUCAUGGCUGGUUUACGGUAGCGUGUUUAACAUCCUCCAACAUCUUGUGUUGUUUCUUUUUGUUCUGCAGGAAGCAUCAGAGGCAACAGAAAUGUGAGUUGACUAAUAUUCUCUUUCAUUUCGUUUCUUUUUUUUUUUUUGACAGACUCCAGAGGGCUAUGUCAAUGUGUAAUAUAACAGCAACUUAAAAAAACAGUAAUUUAAAGAGAUUUUUACUACAAUUCUGGUUUAAUAGCGGUAUAUUCAUUUCUAUUGUGAAUGUUCAUCUUUAUCCCGAAGAAAGGACUUCAAAUCUGUUUAGUUUAUAGUUCAAUGUGUCAAUACAAAACUUCCAAUACUGAGGCUUAUUGAGACGAACAGAUGUAUUUAUAUGAGAAAUAAAUAUAGAUACAGUUUCAGGUUUAAAUUUAAAAAAAAAACAGCUUUCCUCUGAAGUGAACAUGUUUUGCCUCCUUUCAGAUUCAUACUCUGAAUAUGAAGCCUCUUAGAGCGCCAUGUGCGUUCUUUAUAGUCACACACUAAGCACUACAUUUCUGUUUGUCUCCUGCAGGAGGACGAGGACCCGGGGAUGCUCCAUGUGGUCCAUUUAGGGAUGGUUUGAAAAAAUGAUAAGAGCACUUUAGAAAUCCCAACAGGGUAGUUAGUAGACAACACAGCAACAACAACAGGCUGUCCUUUGUCUGUACUUUCAAAUGCAAUUUAUGAUCUCACCUGUGAUGACACCUGAACAGGCCCUGACUGUACAGAAUAUUAUAAUGUGAAUAUGAAGGUUUUUCAUCAAGAUGAAACAGGAGCUAUAUAUCUAAAAAAAAAAAAAAAACAGUUUAGCAUGAUCACUCUUGUAACAUACGCACGUUGUGUUCUAAUAGUCUUUAUUUUAUAGAUCAUACAUGUGAAAUUUUAUCAGCAAAGUAAUAAACACAAAGCAGUUUUAUGGAUGUGAGUGUUUUAUAUAUCCCGUCUCAGUGAAGUCCACCUCAAAAGAAAAUAGUUACAGCAGGUUCUGCCGUCAGAAACAUGACAGAAAUGAUUUCAAACCCUUUUAUUAAUCAGCCAGGAAAAAUGAAGACUUGUAUUAUACCUCCAUCACUGCUGAUGCUGAAUGUUCCCCUCUUCCUCUGUGUGUGCGCGCUCUGUAUAGAUGUGUGUGAGUGUGUGUGUUGGCCGAGAUUACAGGCCACAGUUUUAUUCAUGAAUAGGAGCCAAGCAGCAUCUUUAAAGC